AUGUACCCAACCGACGAGACGGUUACGGUAAGAAUGCUGGCUUCAUCACACACACACACACACACACACGGAUAUCAAUAGCAUGCACAAUAGCAAACAGGAACAACACAGAGGAAAGUCGACAACACAUCAAACCGAUGCACAACAUGCCAACUGGCACUUUCAAAUGAAAGUGGACUAUCUCUGCACUCUGUGAGCACUAGACCAUUAUCGUAAUUGGGCUGCUUCAUUUGUGACAUACAAUACAACAUUAUUACACACAAGCUCUGUUAGCAUGUAUUGAGCAUAGCAUACUGUGUGUGCAAUGCAUGCAUGUAGCGUACUACUAAGCUUAAAGUUAAAUGUACACAGUGUACAAAACAUUAGGGACACCUUCCUGAUAUUGAGUCGUCCCCCCUCAGAACAGCCUCAAUUUGUCGAGGCAUUGACUCUGCAAGGUGUCAAGCGUUCCACAGGGAUGCUGGCCCAUGUUGAUUCCAAUGCUUCCCACAAUUGUGUCAAGUUGGCUGGAUGUCCUUUGACUGGUGGACUAUUCUUGAUACACACGGGAAUCUGUUGAGCGUGAAAAACCCAGCGUCGUUGCCGUUCUUGACACAAACCGGUGCACCUGGCACCUACUACCAUACCCCGUUCAAAGGCACUUAAAUAUUUUGUCUUGCCCAUUCACCCUCUGAAUGGCAUACAUACACAAUCCAUGUCUCAUUUGUCUCAAGGCUUAAAAAGUAUCCUCCCCUUCAUCUACAUUGAUUUGAAGUGGAUUUAACAAGUGACAUCAAUAAGGGAUCAUAGCUUUCACCUUUCACCAGUCUGUCAUGGAAAGAGCAGGUGUCCUUAAUGUUUUGUACACUGUGUACAUGUAACUUUAAGCUUAGUAGUACUCUAAAUGCAUGCAUUGCACACACAGUAUGCUAUGCUCAAAUGCAUUGCACACACAAACACACACACACACACACACACACAGUGCUUUACACACACAAUACACACACAAUUCGUUGACCUGCCUGCUUAGUUUGUAGGGAUUAAACCCAUCCUUGACAGACUUCCUGAUCCUAUUGUUUACUUAUUAAACGUCAUGAUCACUUUUUUUUUUUAGGAUUCCUUGAAAUAUAACAGUGCUCUUAUAAGAUCUGAUGCACAUCAAUGAACAGUGACUGACUGGGAGCUUGACAUUCAUAGUUUAAUUUGACUUGAGAGGCUUGAUCACAUGGCAUGCCGCGGGAAGAAUGCUAAGCUAAGAGUGUGUGUGUGUGUGUGUGAGAGAGAGUGAGAGAGGAUGUGCUGCUAAGCGUUUGCCAUGCCAUAUUACAUAAGCAGCCCGGGCAGAGCAGAGGCUAUGUAACGUUUUGUUUGGACAGCUGGCUGGUGAGAAUAGGGGGGGGGGUAAUAAGGUAUUCUGGACAGAAUAUUCUGUAAUAUUGUUUUGUGGAUUUGGGAUGUUACUGGUAAUGUUCUACAGGAGAGGGGGGAAGGAAUCACAAAUACUGCAGUAACUGAAAAAUGCCUUGUUGAUAUGAUGAAGUUUUGAGUUUUAGUGUCUGUCAGUCCUUUGUUGUGUAUUUAUUCUGCAAUUAUUGAUGUUGUAAGUAUUAGCUGGUGCAAACAAAAUGUCCUCUUUGGGGAUUAAUAAAGUGCUGUCUUAUCCUAUCUAAAAGCAGCCAAGUUGGGAGGAUUUCAUGAAUGUGUCAUUGGUUGACUGGUUCCAUAUAAAAGUCCAUAAAUGCUGCCAGAUCAAGCUGAAAUAAUGCUUUUAAAGAAGCCCUUUAUAUAGGGUGCUUGUCUCUGAGAGGGCCCUCUAGUCUAUGGUUCUCUGGUCAAAAGUAGUGCACUAUAUAGGGAACCAUUUGGGACACACCCUGUAUGUUGACAUCUCUGUGGUGAAGGAAAGGGAACAGGAGACCCCAAACCACCAUGCGUAUCCCAAUGCUCUCUCACCACCACCCACUAACCUAAAUGAUAGAGCACACUUAGGACAGUAUAAUCAAACUAAAUGGAGACUGGGUCCCUGCCCAUGUGUACUUACAGUUGUCUGAUACAUGGUUCUCUGUAAUUCCUCAUUCUUCUGCCUCUGGGUGCAUCCCAAAUGGCACCCUAUUCCCUAUGGGCCCUGAUCAAAAGUAGUGCACUGUAUAGGAUAUAGGGUGCUAUUUGGGAUGCACCCGAGGAGUGCCUCUGUUUGCACUUGCCCCUCAGUUUGAAUGACUGCGUAGUCACUGAAUGACUAGGCGGGGAAGUGCUGCGCAACAGGGAUUGAUUUAGUUUAUGCCAUAGCAACAGGGUUUGAUUUAGUUAAUGCCAUAGCAACAGGGAUUGAUUUAGUUUAUGCCAUAGCAACAGGGAUUGAUUUAGUUUAUACCAUAGCAACAGGGAUUGAUUUAGUUUAUGCCAUAGCAAUAGGGAUUGAUUUAGUUUAUUCCAUAGCAACAGGAAAUGUGUGAUUGCGGACAACCAAUCACACUCACACAGAGACACCCUGGGGUUUAUUUUGCACAAGAACCGCUAGCCUAGCUGCUGCCACUGGUUGGCUGUCUCAGAAUCAGCUAGCUAUGUGCAUUCAACCCAACACCAUAGCCUUACUCAGUUUUUGAUCCAUCAUGAUGUAUUUAACCCUGUGGAAGAGCCAUACAGAACUGGCAGCUAAAAACAGAUGUGGCACAGGCUUAUUUAUUAUUUCUGCCUCCCUUAUUCCUUCCUCCCUGCCAUAGCUCGCUGAGAUCUGAUUAAGUGUUACUGUUCCUGGCUGCAGCUUGAUUGAAGAGCGUCAGUCCUCAGUAUAUUGACUGACCUUUAUCAUUCAAUCACAAAGGUCUAGUUAUCACACAGCUUAGAUGGUGAGAUUCUGAGAGUCUUAUAGACGUCAUUACCAUCCGCCCCAAUUGUUGCGGGCGGGCAGAGAGAGAGCGAUCCUCCCUCAGUCUACAGUACAUAUUCUCUGUUUCUCUCUCUGAGUUACUCCUCUCCUUCUCUCUCUGAGUUACUCCUCUCUGUCUCUCUCUGAGUUACAACUCUCCUUCUCUCUCUGAGUUACUCCUCUAUGACCCAUUGUUUCACUCUUCUCCCCAUCCUAAACUGCUUCAUGCAUCAACUUGUCCCCCUCUUCUGAAAGAAUUAAGAAAAAAAGGUGAGGGAACAUUUUCCAUCACCUCCAGCAACAGAGAAAGAAUUCUCCCCCCCCCCCCCCCCCCCAUAGUGCACUACUUUUCACCAGAGCCAAAUGGGCCUUGCUCAAAAGUAGUGCACUAUAAAGGGAAUAGGGUACCAUUUGGGACGCGGACCGGGCCCAGUCAGAUCCCACACAGACAUGUCAAGACCUUGCCUCCGAAAAUAUUUGAGGUGGGAAACCGAGGAAUUUAGGGGGGAAAAACAUGGCAAACCUGUUGGAUUAAGAGUAAAAUACGUAGUGAUUCACUGCCACUAAGGGAGUAAAACAGAGUGGUGAGUAGUGCAGGGGUAUGCGGAGCAUGGCUCUAGCUAUUUUAACACCCUGUACCAUUUUAUCAAAUGGAUGAGGAGAGAAACAAAAUCAGACACAGUCUUUCACAAUCCAUUUUCCAGCAGCUCUCCAAACAGGUCAGGGACAAAGUUGUGGAGAAGUACAGAUCAGGGUUGGGUUAUAAAAAAAUAUGCGGAACUUUGAACAUUCCACGGAGCACUAUUAAAUCCAUUAUUUAAAAAUGUUUAAGAAUAUGGCACCACAACAAAACUGCCAAGAGAGGGCCGCCCACCAAAACUCACGGACCAGGCAAGGAGGGCAUUAAUCAGAGAGGCAACAAAGAGACCAAAGAUAACCCUGAAGGAGCUGCAAAGCUCCACAGCGGAGAUUGGCGUAUCUGUCCAUAGGACCACUUUAAGCCAUACACUCCACAGAGCUGGGCUUUACGGAAGAGUGGCCAGAAAAAAGCCAUUGCUUAAAGAAAAAAAUUACACGUUUGGUGUUUGCCAAACGGCAUGUGGGAGACUCUCCAAACAUAUGGAAGAAUGUACUCUGGUCAGAUGAGACUAAAAUUGAGCUUUUUGGCCAUCAAGGAAAACGCUAUGUCUGGCGCAAACCCAACACCUCUCAUCACCCCGAGAACACCAUCCAGUGAAGCAUGGUGGUGGCAGCAUCAUGCUGUGGGGAUGUUUUUCAUCGGCAGGGACUGGGAAACUGGUCAGAAUUGAAGGAAUGAUGGGAAAUUAUUGAUUCUUGAGCGAAACCUGUUUCAGUCUUCCAGAGAUUUCAGACUGGGACGGAGGUUCACCUUCCAGCAGGACAAUGACCCUAAGCAUACUGCUAAAGCAACACUCGAGUGGUUUAAGGGGAAACAUUUAAAUGUCUUGGAAUGGCCUAGUCAAAGCCCAGACCUCAAUCCAAUCCAAUUUGAGAAUCUGUAUUAAGACUUAAGAUAGCUGUAUACCAGCGGAACCCAUCCAACUUGAAGGAGCUGGAGCAGUUUUGCCUUGAAGAAUGGGCAAAAAUCCCAGUGGCUAGAUGUGCCAAGCUUAUAGAGAUAUACUCCAAGAGACUUGCAGCUGUAAUUGCUGCAAAAGGUGGCUCUACAAAGUAUUGACUUUGGGGGGGGUGAAUAGUUAUGCACGCUCAAGUUUUCUGUUUUUUUGUCUUAUUUCUUGUUUGUUUCACAAUAAAAAAUAUUUUGCAUCUUCAAAGUUGUAGGCAUGUUGUGUAAAUCAAAUGAUACAAACCCCCCCAAAAAACGUUUUUAAUUCCAGGUUGUAAGGCAACAAAAUAGGAAAAAUACCAAGGGGGGUGAAUACUUCGGCAGGCCACUGUAUCUACUUCAAUUACCUCGUACCCUUGCACAUCGACUCGGUACUGGUACCCUGUGUACAAAACAUUAGGAACACCUUCCUAAUAUUGAGUUAAACCCCCUUUUGCCCUCAGAACAGCCUCAAUUCGUCAAGGCAUGGACUCUUGAUACACACAAACUGUUGAGCAUGUAAAAUCCAGCAGCGUUGCAGUUCUUGACACACUCAAACCGGUGGGUCUGGCACCUACUACCAUACCCCGUUCAAAGGCACUUAAAUAUUUUGUCUUGCCAAUUCACCCUCUGAAUGGCAUACAUACACAAUCCAUGUCUCAAUUGUCUGAAGCAUUAAGAAUCUCCUCCCCUUCAUCUACACUGAUUUUAAGUGGAUUUAACAGGUGACAUCAUUAAGGGAUCAUAGCUUUCACCUGGUCAGUCUGUCAUGGAAAGAGCAGGUGUUCCUAAUGUUUUGUACACGUAUAUACUGUAGAUGCAUUAUCUUUACUCAUUGUGUAUUUAUUAUUGCUUUUAUUAUUACGUGUCAUUACUUUUCUAUUAUUUCUCUAUUUUCUAUCUCUUUGCCUUUGUUGGGAAUGACCCGUAAGUAAGCAUUUCACUGUUAAUCUACAGCUGUUGUUUCCCAAACGAUUUGAUCUGAUUCCAAUGACCCUGCAAAUACAGAAAUGUCCAACAGAGUCCUGGACUGUGUCCCAAAUGGAACCCUAUUCCCAAAGUACACUACUUUUGAACAGGAUUCUGCAGUCAAAAGUAGUGUACGGUACUGUAUAGGGAAUAGGAUGUCAUUUGGCACACAUCCCUGGAGAAACGCUAUCCUAUAUGACCUCCGGAAGCCAAACUAUGCUGCAGUGUAGUGCAGAGAACAAUUUUAACAGAGAUAACAGACUGACACUUUGUCCACAUCCUGUUUACGAAGAGCUGAUGGUUAGGGUUAAUGUUACCACACGGUCAGGCCACCAGAGAGAGACUUCCAGGUGAAGACAAGUUGCUUGUUAGUGUUACUGUGUUAGUUUGCCAAGAGUACCGUAAAAAACCCAGUGACAACCAUCAUGCCAUGAUUCUUUGGGCAUUAUAAAAAGUCUAAUUUGUCUUCCACCAAACUCUCAGCCAGCGUCAGAAGCUAAACUUACGCAGAAAAUCACUUGGUGACGGCUCUUCAGGAGCAGUGACUUCCAGAGUUAGGCUAGCUAAAUAGGUCCAUAUUGGCCACACUCACGCCAGCCAGACCUGGAGAAGACAGUUUUAACUGGGCAAGAAAUACGCUAGCUAGGUCUAAAAGCAGCUGUAGUGCUGCAUCAAUAACCAAUUUCUUGUCAAAUGCGUUUCGGUUUUCAUUGUAAUUCAAGUGCAGUCCAGGGCUCAAUAAAUUUUACCUGCUUCCGUUUUACAUUUUUCCCAAAUUCUGUUUCCUCCAUUUUGUGUUUCCAGGUUUCUGUUUUUCCUUUUUCCUUUUCAAGUUUUCGCUCUCAAAAUCACACUUUUUAAAAUAUAAAACCAACUAAAUUGGAUGUUCUAAGUCCACAGCAAUGCUUAAACCACAUCAGAAGACUACUUUUGAAAUUUAGAUUUUUGGGUGUAGUUAUCCUUUAAUUCAACUGGUCACCAGCCAGGACUUAUUUGGUUUGCGAUGUUUCUGUAGUGCUCAUGUGAUUGCAGAGUUUGCUGAACAAAUCACCACUGGAUUGAUGCAAAUAAUCAUGAUAUAAUUUUGCCAGGUAGGAAUAGGCUACUUUGUAGUUAACAUUUAAUUUAGAAGGUUUUUGGGAACCUUUCCAUCUACCAGAAGACGGUUGUCAUUACAUUAGCAUCAUCUCUAAUCAUUGCACAAAGUGGUAGACAAACCACUUUGUCUUAUGACAAUCUUGGACAAAUGAAUGCAUUUUCUAAAGUUAAAUACAUUUAGUUGAUUUCCUACUGGUUAUCCCACUGGCUAUAGGGUGAAUGCACCAAUUUGUAGUCGCUCUGGAUAAGAGCGUCUGCUAAAUGACAUAAAUGUGCCCUUGAGCAAGGCACUUAACCCUAAUUGCUCCUGUAAGUCGCUCUGGAUAAGAGCGUCUGCUAAAUGACUAAAAUGUAAAUGUAAAAUGUACUAAGUUCAAUAUAUUUUUAAAUAUUGUUGAAUUCCGUUUUAAUGUCUGGAUUCCGUGAUUCCAUCCACUUUCGCCACAUCGUUGAUUUAUAGGGGCCUACUGUAGAUAGCACAUGGAAGUGUUAUUUAAGCAGAGUUCAAUCCAGGACACCUGAUCUGUUGUUUUAUCCCAGGCAGGCAGCAGUAUAUAGCAGGUCUAGACACCACAAUGGUCUCUUUCUAUCUCCCUCUCUCUCUGCCUCGGUCUCUCUCUCUUCCUCGGUCUCUUCCUCGUCUCUCUCAUUAUUUGGUGUUUUACAUUUUACACAGAGGAUAUUUUAGCAGAAUUCUGCAUGCAGUGUCUCAAUUUGGUGUUUGUUCCAUUUUGUAAAUUAUUGGUCGGUGAGCGGACCCCAGACCUCACAACCAUAAAGGGCAAUGGGUUCUAUAACUGAUUCAAGUAUUUUUAGCCAGAUCCUAAUUGGUAUGUCAAGUGUUGUUCCUUUUGAUGGCGUAGAAGGCCCUUCUUGCCUUGUCUCUCAGAUGGUUCACAGCUUUGUGGAAGUUACCUGUGGCGCUGAUGUUUAGGCCGAGGAUUGUAUCGUUUUUUGUGUGCUCUAGGGCAACAGUGUCUAGAUGGAAUUUGUAGUUGUGGUCCUGGAAACUGGACCUUUUUUGGAACACCAUUAUUUUUGUCUUUCUGAGAUUUACUGUCAGGGCCCAGGUCUGACAGAAUCUGUGCAGAAGAUCUAGGUGCUGCUGUAGGCCCUCCUUGGUUGGGGACAAAGCACCAGAUCAUCAGCAAAGAGUAGUAUGAAAAAAAAAUGUAUGCACUCACUAACUUUAAGUCGCUCUGGAUAAGAGUGUCUGCUAAAUGACUAAAAUGUAGACAUUUGACUUCAGAUUCUAGUAGGGUGAGGCCGGGUGCUGCAGACUGUUCUAGUGCCCUCGCCAAUUCGUUGAUAUAUAUGUUGAAGAGGGUGGGGCUCAAGCUGCAUCCCUGUCUCACUCCACAGCCCUGUGGAUUUUUUUUUGUAUUUUGCCAAUUUUAACGGCCCACUGGUUGUUUGUCUACAUGGAUUUGAUAAUGUAAUAUGUUUUUCCCCCAACACCGCUUUCCAUCAAUUUUGUAUAGCAGACCCUCAUGCCAAAUUGAGUCAAAAGCUUUUUUGAAAUCAACAAAGUAUGAGAAGACUUUGCCUUUGUUUUUGUUUGUUUGUUUGUCAAAUAGGGUGUGCAGGGUGAAUACAUGGUCUGUCGUACGGUAAUGUGGUAAAAAGCCAAUUUGACAUUUGCUAAGUACAUUGUUUUCACUGUGGAAAUGUACGAGUCUGCUGUUAAUGAUAAUGCAGAGGAUUUUCCCAAGAUUGCUGUUGACGAAUAUUCCAUGGUAAUUAUUGUGGUCAAAUUUGUCUCUACUUUUGUAGAUUUGGGGUGAUCAGUCCUUGGUUCCAAAUAUUGGGGAAGAUGCCAGAGCUGAGGAUAAUGUUAAAGAGUUUAAGUAUAGCCAAUUGGAAUUUGUGGUUUGUAUAUUUUAUAAUUUCAUUGAGGAUACCAUCAACACCACAGGCAUUUUUGGGUUAGAGGGUUUUGUAUUUUGUCCUGUAGUUCAUUCAAUGUAAUUGGGGAAUCCAGUGCAUUCUGGUAGUCUUUAAUAGUUGAGUCUGAGAUUUGUAUUUGAUCAUGUAUAUGUUUUUGCAGUUUUUUCUUUGUUAUAGAGCCAAAAAGAUUGGAGAAGUGGUUUAUCCAUACAUCUCCGUUUUGGAUAGAUAACUCUUCAUGUUGUUGUUUGUUUAGUGUGUUCCAAUUUUCUAUGGAUUCUUCAAUUACAUUGAGCUGAUAUCUGACAUGCUGUUCCUUCUUUUUACGUAGUGUAUUUCUGUAUUGUUUUAUUCUCCAUAGUGAAGACAUGGGCUGUAGUUUUCUGAGUCUCUAUGUUUUUGGUAGGAUAGGUUUCUCAAUUUCUUUCUUAGGUUUUUGCGUUCUUCAUCAAACCAUUUGUCAUUGUUAAUUUUCAUAGGUUGUCUGCUUUAUUUAUUUUUUUAUUUGAUAGGGAAGCUGAGAGGUCAAAUAUAAUGUUUAGGUUUUUUACUGCUAAGUUUACGCCUUCACUAUUACAAUGAAACGUUUUGUCCAGGAAGUUGUCUAAAAGGGAUUGAAUUUGUUGUUGCCUAAUAGUUUAUUGGUAGGUUUCGACACUACUUUCUUCCAUCUAUAGCAUUUCUUAAUAUUAUUCAGUUCCUUUGGCUUUGAUGGCUCAUGAUUGAAUAUUGCUCUGUUCAAUUAGACUGUGAUUUUGCUGUGAUCUGAUAGGGGUGUCAGUGGGCUGACUGUGAACGCUCUAAGAGACUCUGGGUUGAGGUCAGUGAUAAAGUAGUCUACAGUACCACUGCCCAGGGAUGAGCUGUAGGUGUACCUACCGUAAGAGUCCCCUUGAAGCCUACCAUUGACUGUGUACAAACCCAGCGUGUGACAGAGCAUAUAAAGCAAUAUAGAGCAAUUCAUAAAAAAUCCUACAAUGUGAUUUUCUGGAAAAAAAAUUCUCCAUUUGUCUGUCAUAGUUGACGUGUACCUAUGAUGAAAAUUACAGGCCUCUCUCAUCUUCUUAAGUGGGAGAACUUGCACAAUUGGUGGCUGACUUUUUCCCCCCACUGUAGGUAGCACACAUGAGGACAUUAUUCUCUGUUCAGACCAUUUGAUAUAAAAUGUUCCUGUUUUUACUAAUUUAAUAGAGUGGGUUAGGUCUGCUCUAUACAAAAUGUGCAUACCCCCUGAGUCCCUUCCCUGUUUCACGCCUGGUAGUUUGGUGGAUGGGACUACCAGUUCUCUGUAACCUAGAGGGCAACCAGUGGGUCCGUCUCCUCUGUACCAUGUUUCUUGUAGGAUGACAAUGUCUGUAUUUCCAAUUUUUUUAUGAAGUUGGGGUUCCUGCUCUUAAAGGCAGAUGACCUCAGACCUUGUAUAUUCUCUCAGCCUCUCUCUCGCUCUCUCACUCACUCUCUUCCCUGCCUCUCUCUCUUCUCUGCCCCUUUCUCUCUUGCUCUCUCUUCCUCUCUCUCGCUCCUCUCUCCCUCUCUCUCGCUCCUCUCUCUCUUUUUGUAUUACUUGUAAGUUAUAUACAAUGUAAAUACUUCAGGAAAUUAAUAUUCAUGGGAUGUCCCUCAGGCUAUGGCAAUCAUAUACAUAUCUGGCAGUAAUUUUUGCGGUUUCUCCCUCACACAGAAUAAUUCCCAGCUUUAUGUUGUUAGUAAAUUCACAUAAGUUGGGAAUUGAUUGAGAUAUUUUCUUGAAAAAAAUAUGAUCUUAUUUGGGAGUAUUUCUCACAGUAGAGGAAAAAGUGUAUAUGUCUCUACCUCCCCGGUCGUUCAGUGACCACAUGGAUGCUCCUCUUUGUGUAGCCAUGUAUUUUUGUGGUUCCCUAUUUCUAUAGCCAGGUGGUGGCUGAGCCUGUAUUUAGUCAGGAUCUGUCUCUGUUUUGUAUCUCUGACAGAGUAGAGAUAUUCUGCCCAUUUGAAUUCUCUUUUGAGGACCAAUUAGCAAUUUAGUUUAUUCUGUGUUUUUAUUUCAUUUUCCAAAUUUGUCAAAUAGGAGGUUUUCAUUGCUGUAACAAUGUGAUUGAUUACCCUGUGUGUUUUGAUAAUAGGGUUGUUUAGUGUUUUUAACAGCUGACUUAGGGGACUCUUUUCAGGGUUCAGCUCUUUUGGAAAAGCAUUCCAGGUGAAGCUGGUUGAGAGAAUGCCAAGAGUGUGCAAAGCUGUCAUCAAGGCGAAGGGUGGCUACUUUAAAGAAUCUCAAAUAUAAAAUAUAUUUUUAUUUGUUUAACACUUUUUUUGGUUACUACAUGAUUCCAUGCGUGUUAUUUCAUAGUUUUGAUGUCUUCACUAUUAUUCUACAAUGUAGAAAAUAGUAAAAAUUAAGAAAAACUCUGGAAUGAGUAGGUGUGUUCAAACUUUUGACUGGUACUGUAUAUGUGUAUAGCAUAUAUUAUUUGGUUAGAGUCAAGUACAUAUGAAAUUAAUACACAAGCAAAUAUAGAACAGGAAAAUCAAAAUGUGUGUGUGAAGCAAAACAAAAUAAAUAAAUAAAGUGUGUGAGUGUAAUAAUAAAUAACAUAAAAGGCACUAAGCGCACUAACCACAUCUAACACAAGUAAGUGUUGUGCUGUGUGUGUUUCACCUAAGAGCAUUCUUCAGUAGCAGGAAAAAAAAAUUCUAGUGUUGACUAUAUCUACAUGUCAUUUCAGAAUGGGAAAUUCAUUUCUCUUUUAUCUUUAUAGAAUGAGUGUUUUCUGAUAAGGUCCAAUACGUUGGCUUAUACCUAUUCUAGAAGUUUACACAUCAGCUUCAGCAGUUGACCACCUCUCCGAUGGCUGAAGGGUCUAUAUGUCUCUUACCAGAGGCCGUCUCUGCAUGUGUGGGCUGUCAGUGAGGUCUGGGCCCGGGCAAGGGUACCCUCCUGUUGGCCACUAUUUGUCCUACCCCUAGAGUACAGUCCAGUGCUGUGAAGGGUUGUGUUGGGCUGAGCUGUGUCCCUUUUGGGCUGGGCUGAGCUGGGCUGGUUCUGGCACCGCUGGGCUGAGCUGGGUUGUUCCUGGCACCACUUGGCUGAGCUGGGUUGGUUCUGGAAGCGAUGGGCUGAGCUGGUCUGGGUCUAGCACUGCUGGGCUGAUCUGGGUUGGUUCUGGCACUGCUGGGCUGAGCUGUGUUGGUUCUGGCACCACCGGGCUGAGCUGGUCUGGGUCUAGCAACACUGGGCUUGGACAUGUUAGUAGGGACUGGAGAUGUCUGUCUGGCUCAGCUCAGAUGAGAUUGGCCUCCUCUCUCCUUGGAUAGCGGGGAGGUGGGGGGGGGGCUCUGUUGCUGGGCUGGUAUGGUAGUGGAACUCUGCCUAAUGACUCCCUCAUGGUCCAGGUGUACAUGGUCGUACAAGUGCUCACAUGUCAGGGUGUAGUGGUGAGAGAGGAUGACAUUUGGUAGUGAGGCACAGUCAUGGUGAUUAUUUUUUUUGGUUGACAUUUUCCAGGGGAGAUCUUUCCUUGGUAGAAGGGUGAGUAUAAUAAUGGUUGUCGUUGGGAACAGGGUGUUUCUCUGACACCUUUCUCACUUUCUCAGACACUCUUUCUCCUUUAGUCACAGGUCAUUGUCCCAGUAUGUUAGACAAGGUUGUCAGGCUGUGGUAGGCUGGGAGGUUGGUGAGGCAGGGUAGGCUAUGGGAGGUUGGUGAGGCUGGUAGGCAAUGGGAGGUUGGUGAGGCUGGGUAGGCUAUGGGAGGUUGGUGAGGCUGGUAGGCUGUGGUAGGCUGGGAAGUUGGUGAGGCUGGUAGGCUGGGAUGUUGGCAGGUCAGGGUAGGCUGUGGUAGGCUGGGAGGUUGGUGAGGCUGGUAGGCUGUGGUAGGCUGAGAGGCUUGUGAGGCAGAUUGGGUGAAGGCUGCGCUGGGCUCAGGGGUAUCUGGGCUUCCACCAGGCUGAUGGGGCUGUUCUGUUGGCGCCGUUGUCAGAAGCUGCUGACAGAGGGCAUCAUGUCCCUUUCUCUCUGCUGCACCUCCACCUUUACCACACACAGCUCCUCUUGGAGGGCAUCAUGUCCCUCUCUCUCUGCUGCACCUCCACCUUUACCACACACAGCUCCUCUUGGAGGACGUCAUGUCCCUCUCUCUCUGCUGCACCUCCACCUUUACCACACACAGCUCCUCUUGGAGGGCAUCAUGUCCCUCUCUCUCUGCUGCACCUUUACCUUUACCACACACAGCUCCUCUUGGAGGGCAUCAUGUCCCUCUCUCUCUGCUGCACCUCCACCUUUACCACACACAGCUCCUCUUGGAGGACGUCAUGUCCCUCUCUCUCUGCUGCACCUCCACCUUUACCACACACAGCUCCUCUUGGAGGGCAUCAUGUCCCUCUCUCUCUGCUGCACCUCCACCUUUACCACACACAGCUCCUCUUGGAGGGCAUCAUGUCCCUCUCUCUCUGCUGCACCUCCACCUUUACCACACACAGCUCCUCUUGGAGGGCAUCAUGUCCCUCUCUCUCUGCUGCACCUUUACCUUUACCACACACAGCUCCUCUUGGAGGGCAUCAUGUCCCUCUCUCUCUGCUGCACCUCCACCUUUACCACACACAGCUCCUCUUGGAGGACGUCAUUGGACUGUGUCAUUUGUUCAGUGUUCUGUCUUAACUUCUGUCGUCUGACUUGGUUUUAUUAAAGCACAGCUCUCAUCCUGGAAAAGCCUCAACGCUUCCAUCGGCGUCUGGACAGUGUCACAUUCUUGUUGUUUGAUCUCCCUGAAUUCCUUAAUCUCGUACUUCAAGUAGGGAGAAGGCCGUUCAGGAUUCAUUUCACCGAUAAUGUUUUUGGUGUGUACACAGCUGCUACAGGUGAGGGAGGGAGUGAUGUACUGUGGGCCUCCUGUGAUGUACUGUGGGCCUCCUGGUUUGAAGCCCAGCUUUUGGGAGUUACAGGCGUUGUUAGUGGAGACAUGUCAGUUUUUAGUUCAUCAUCCACUAGAUGUUUUAUCAUGUUCAACUCCUCUUCAAACAGCUCUAGACUGGCCUCAGAGCCUUGGAUCAUUACUGUUCCAUUAUUAGAGUAACAUUACAUUACAUUUUGGGGUUGUGUUCACAUGUUUGUUUGCCUUGCGCAAGGCUUCAUGCCAAACAUUUGGACGUUCAGUGAGAAAGAGAAGAUCCACCUUUUGAUUUCUUUUGUCUUUUUGUUGCAUAAAUUCUGCUCUUAGGGUCUCUGGGUGCUCUUUUAAAACCUUUUGCUUGAUAUUUUUUUUCCUACCCGCUUCACUGGCAAUACUUGCUGCAUAUUUGAUUGUAAGGCUGCUGAGCUUGGGGCUUGUAAAUGUAUCCAUCUUAGUUGAUUACAGCUGGAUGCAGUAGAUGUUACAGCUGGUUUGUACUUGGAUAGUUGUAGCUAGUUGUUUUUGAAUGUAAACAAAGCCUACCUUGUUUUCUGUCUGAAUAGUUUUCUCUUGCUUGUGUAAGUUUAGGUACUAGUUUUCAUGUCCUUUGUCCUGGCCUUUGUCAUUUUUGAUUGUGCUUUUGUUAUUUGUUAGCUAGCUGGGUUUUUUAGCUAACAGCAGGUAGCCAGAAGCUAGAAGCUCUCUUAGCAACUCCCUAGCAAUGUGUAAACAACUGUUAGCAAGUUUUCUUCUGAUUUUAAAUUUUUAGUCCUUCCUUUAUCUUUAACUCACUUGUUUUUCUCAAAUGUAGUCUUCCUCUAAAUCAUUUGAAAUAUGAUAUAUGAUACUAGGAAGUCAUCAUUUUACCAGCUGCUCUGGGAACUCUUGUCUGUCUGUCUGUCUGUCUGUCUGUCUGUCUCAAUUAAAUUACAUUUAAGGGCUUUAUUGGCAUGGGAAACAUAUGUUAACAUUGCCAAAGCAAGUGAAGUAGAUAGUAAACAAAAGUGAAAUAAACAAUAAAUAUUAACAGUAAACAUUACACUCAGAAGUUCCAAAAUAAUAAAGACAUUUCAAAUGUCAUAUUAUGUAUAUAUACAGUGUUGUAACAAUGUGCAAAUAGUUAAAGUACAAAUGGGAAAAUAAAUCAACAUAAAUCUGGGUUGUAUUUACAAUGGUGUUUGUUCUUCACUGGUUGACCUUUUCUUGUCUCUCGCUCUCUCAUCAGUUCUCCUCUCGAUCUGAGAGAGAGGAGAGAGAGAGAGACGAGAGGAGAGAGAGAGGAGAGAGAGAGAGAGAGAGAGAGAGAGGGGCAGAGAGAGAGAGAGAGAGAAGAGCUUCUAGAGUUACGCACACGCUAGGAGAUCUUCAUCUCUCUCUCUCUUAUCUAUCUCUCUAGCUCCUCUAUUUUCUCUCUCUCUCUAUCUCUCGCUCUCGGCUAUUCUCUCUCUCUCUUUCUCUCUCUCUCUCUCUCUCUCUCUCUGUGUGUUUUCUUUCUCUGUUUUCUCUCUCUCUCUCUCUGGGUUGAGGUAGGAGGGAGGGUAUUCCCACUCAGGGACAUUCAGGCUGCUGAUUUACCAGUAGCAGCACCAAGGCUGAGAUGCUGGCGACAGACACGGAGGGAGCGUCCCAAAUGGCACUCUAUCCCUUAUAGGCCCUGGUCAAAAGUAGUGCACUUUAUAGGGAAUAGGGUACCUAUUGGCCCUGGUCAAAAGUACUGCACUAUAUAGGGAAUAGGGUACCUAUAGGCCUGGGUCAAAGGUAGUGCACUAUAUAGGGAAUAGGGUACCUAUAGGCCCGGGUCAAAGGUUAGUGCACUAUAUAGGGAAUAGGGUACCUAUAGGCCCGGGUCAAAGGUAGUGCACUAUAUAGGGAAUAGGGUACCUAUAGGCCCGGGUCAAAGGUAGUGCACUAUAUAGGGAAUAGGGUACCUAUAGGCCCGGGUCAAAGGUAGUGCACUAUAUAGGGAAUAGGGUACCUAUUGGCCCUGGUCAAAAUAAUAAUAAUAAUAAUAAUAUGCCAUUUAGCAGACGCUUUUAUCCAAAGCGACUUACAGUCAUGCGUGCAUACAUUUUUGUGUAUGGGUGGUCCCGGGGAUCGAACCCACUACCUUGGCGUUACAAGCGCCGUGCUCUACCAGCUGAGCUACAGACUAGUGCACUAUAUAGGGAAUAGGGUACCUAUUGGCCCUGGUCAAAAGUAGUGCACUUUAUAGGGAAUAGGGUGCCUAUUGGCCCUGGUCAAAAGUAGUGCACUUUAUAGGGAAUAGGGUGCCUAUUGGCCCUGGUCAAAAGUUGUGCACUAUAUAGAGAAUAGGGUACCUAUAGGCCCUGGUCAAAAGUAAUGCACUAUAUAGGGAAUAGGGUGCCUAUUGGCCCUGGUCAAAAGUAGUGCACUAUAUAGGGAAUAGGGUGCCAUUAGGAUAUACCCAGAUACAGAGAAGUGACUGGGUCAGCGUUUCUCAACAGUCUGCACUUCCUGUCCUUUUGCUGCUCAGUGCUGCUGACUCCGCCCCAUCUGCUCUCCUCAGUCUGCUGACAGAUAGAAGGACUGGGUUGCUAGGCUACGUCAAGAGGCUGGGGCUGUGAGGCUAGCUGGCUGCAGUUAGACACUACAGAACAGAGGGGGAAGAAUAGGCGCUCUCGCUCUAUGCCAUCCAGUUACUCUCAUUAAUCUGACACCGUUAGGAUGCAUCCCAAAUGGUACCCUAUUGCCUAUAUAGUGCUAUGAACUAUGGGUAAAAGUUGUGCACUGUAUAGGGAAUAGAGUGCCAUUUGAGAUGCAUAUUGCAUAGUACAAGUAUAGACUAGGUUAUGGAGUUGAAGUAAUUUUAGGAUGGGCUUUUUCAAUCAGGAAUAAAAUGUGAAAUGGAUAUCGUAGGCAGUCAGUCAAGGUUUGCAAUGCUUAGACUUGAUUUGAUUUGUGUUCAUAGUAAUUCAUGCGUGUUCAAAUCCCAACUGUCUGCCAGUCCUUGGAAAACCGUUCUCUAUCCAUUCAGAAUUUCUGUCAUUCGACUGUCAAACCUGUAUUUCUGGUCUAGCAUGUAAAUACAACAAAAAGCAUUACUAUCUGGUCUCUGAGACGGAAACACAGAACAAACUCCUCAAAACCAGUUGAGCAAGACCAAUGUGUCAGGAUGCAACUACAGUAACAGGGAACGUAGCUGUGCUAAACCUACCAUGCGACUUCAACAGGAAUAGCUUUUGCAGUGUCUAGGUAGUGUAGGCAGAGGCACAGAGACUGUACUACUGCUAUAGAUAAGUAGAAACAUGGCUCAGUGAAGGCGAGUGAUAGAAGCCUGUUACUGACCUCACACACACGUUUUAUGGUGCAUGUCUGACACCGCGUCAGGCCAAGCCACUGCUUUAUAAGAGAGGACUGACUUGUCUCUGGCUCAACUGAAGUUUUACAUUUUUUAAACAUUUUUAGUCAUUUAGCAGACGCUCUUAUCCAGAGCGACUUACAGUUAGUAAGUGCAUACAUUAUUAUUAUUUUUUUAUAUAUUUUUUUCAUACUGGCCCCCCGUGGGAAUCGAACCCACAACCCUGGCGUUGCAAACGCCAUGUUCUACCAACUGAGCUACAUCCCUGCGGGCCAUUCCCUCCCCUACCCUGGACGACGCUGGGCCAAUUGUGCGCCGCCCCAUGGGUCUCCCGGUCGCAGCCGGCUAUGACAGAGCCUGGAUUCGAACCAGGAUCUCUAGUGGCACAGCUGCGAUGCAGUGCCUUAGACCACUGCGCCACUCGAGAGAUAGCUUCAAGCCCAUCCAGUCAGCAGAGCCAACAGUGCCCGACAGUCUUCAUAUCUUUAUACUGUCUAUGCUUUAUAUGGCCCUGGAGAGAAGCAUAGUGGAGGCUGUUCAGCUUUAAGGAGUCAAUUCAUUGAGCCCAGCCCAGUGUGGAGUGGUUUGAAGAUGAAACUGACCACUGUGCAAUCACAGCUCAGCCAUCUUGUAACCUAGCAGAUGUCUCAGCCUCCUGUACUGCAUAGGUACCCUAGCUGUAAGUAUGUGAUUCUGAGCUGUUUUAUCCUUGAGCCCUGUCAUUCCAUGCCAUGUCAUGCUGUGCUCUGCUCUCAUGCUGUGUUGUUGAUAGCUGUCACAAGAGCUGACAGACAGCAUGUACUCCUAUGUAAAGUUCCCCCAACUGGUGAGUAAUGCCAGUAAUCUUGAGUUGGCCUACUGUAGAUUCAUGUUUGUUUUACUCAUCUUUCUUUAUGGGUUAGUAUGUUUGUGUUUCCUGUAGGGUGUGUUGUUAUGUGGUGUGAGUUUCAGUGUACAGUUGAAUUGAGCUAAGUUUUUUGAAGCACCACUGCAAUGUCCUCAAUAUUUAGUGAUGGGGGAGGGGGCAAAAUCCAUAUUAUUGUAGAUUAUAAUAUUAUUUACACUUUGAUUUUUUGGGGUUGCCAGGUAUCGUUAGCUAGCGCUAUUCAGCUGUACUUGCGCCAAUACUCAUCCUAUAGCUUGUUCAUCUUCUUUUUAAAUAGUGAGCCAACAUGUUUUCAGCACUUUUAUUUCCAUAACUGAUCAAAACUUGUUUUCUCAUGCUCUCUUUCCUCUGCAGCAGACAGGCUAUAAUGAGAAAUAUGUUUGGAACAUCAAAUCGCAAUACAAUUGCAGUAUCGAAUCUCAAUACGUAUACAAUCAUGAGAAUCGCAAUACAUAUCGUAUCGUAGGGCCCUAUAAAAUCUGUGAUACAGAGAAUGCGGACGGAAUCACGGAAUCCAGACAUUAAAAUGGAAUUCAACAAUAUUCUAAAAUGUAUUCAGCUUAGUAGGAAAUCAACUAAAUGUAUUGAUUUAACUUAUUAGAAAAUUAUCAUAAGAUUAUCAUAAGACAUUAACAAAAUGCAUCAGUGAUUCAUAUUUUCCUUUAACUUUCUGAAGAGGAAAUGCAGGAAUGCCCCUGUCUGUGUGUGUGUGUGUUUGUCUACCACUGUGUGUAGCCAUUAGCGAUGAAGCUAAUAAUGAUAACGGUCUUCUGAUAACCUUCUCAAUUAAAUGUUAACUACAAAGUAGCCUACCUGGUAUCAUGGUUAUUUGCAUCAAUCCAGUGGCGAUUUGUUUAGCAAACUCAUGUGUGUUACAGAAACACAGCCAACCAAACAAGUCUCUUGCUGGUGUGCAUGUGAAUCAAAGGGUGAAUAUUAAAAUUGCUUAGAUUUUUCACAGACCUCAAAAAUGUUUUUUUUUAUUUGUUGUUUUUUGUCCCUGACAAUUCCCAGCCCUAUUAAUCUGGUGCAAUUAUUUGGAAAAGGUUAUAUUUUAUGCACACAGGGCUGUCCAGCUCCAGUCAUAUUGUCAGUGUUAGUAAUUAUAGUGUGUACAGUAUAGUAGCUAUUUGUCUUGAUGAAGUCCCUUAGUACAAAUUGGUCAUCUCACCAAUACGUCUGUAGUGUCUGAACGGUUUGGCCUAAAAAGUAUUAUUACCACUCUAUUGAAAGACUCUCACGAUGGCGUUCUCUGUUUUGCUCUACGACACCUACAAGCCUCACAAGACUCGUCUGAAGGUCCCCGGUACCAGUUAAAAUAAUUAAUAGAGUAUACAGUGAGGGGAAAAAAGUAUUUGAUCCCCUGCUGAUUUUGUACGUUUGCCCACUGACAAAGAAAUUAUCAGUCUAUAAUUUUAAUGGUAGGUUUAUUUGAACAGUGAGAGACAGAAUAACAACAACAAAAUCCAGAAAAAUGCAUGUCAAAAAUGUUAUUAAUUGAUUUGCAUUUUAAUGAGGGAAAUAAGUAUUUGACCCCCUCUCAAUCAGAAAGAUUUCUGGCUCCCAGGUGUCUUUUUAUACACGUAACGCCUGGCCUUGCUGCUAUUCCAGUUUCAACUGUUCUGCCUGCGGCUACGAAACCCCUACCUGUCCCAGACCUGCUGUUUUCAACUCUAAAUGAUCGGCUAUGAAAAGCCAACUGAGAGACCUGAGCCCUAGGACCAUACGUCGGGACUACCGGCCGUGGUGACUCCUUGCUGUCCCCAGUCCGCCUGGCCUUGCUGCUAUUCCAGUUUAAACUGUUCUGCCUGCGGUUAUGGAACCCCUACCUGUCCCAGACCUGCUGUUUUUAAACUCUAAUGAUCGGCUAUGAAAAGCCAACUGAGAUUUAUUCCUGAUUAUUAUUUGACCAUGCUUGUCACUUAUGAACAUUUUUGAACAUCUUGGCAUGGUUCUGUUAUAAUCUCCACCCGGCACAGCCAGAAGAGGACUGGCCACCCCUCAUAGCCUGGUUCCUCUCUAGGUUUCUUCCUAGGUUUUGCCUUUCUAGGGAGUUUUUCCUAGCCACCGUGCUUCUACACCUGCAUUACUAGCUGUUUGGGGUUUUAGGCUGGGUUUCUGUACAGCACUUCGAGAUAUUAGCUGAUGUAAGAAGGGCUAUAUAAAAUAAAAUUGAUUGAUUGAUUGACGUAACGAGCUGAGAUUAGGAGCACACUCUUAAAGGGAGUGCUCCUAAUCUCAGCUUGUUACCUGUAUAAAAGACACCUGUCCACAGAAGCAAUCAAUCAAUCAGAUUCCAAACUCUCCACCAUGGCCAAGACCAAAGAGCUCUCCAAGGUUGUCAGGGACAAGAUUGUAGACCUACACAAGGCUGGAAUGGGCUACAAGACCAUCGCCAAGCAGCUUGGUGAGAAGGUGACAACAGUUGGUGCGAUUAUUCGCAAAUGGAAGAAACACAAAAUAACUGUCAAUCUCCCUCGGCCUGGGGCUCCAUGCAAGGUCUCACCUGGUGGAGUUGCAAUGAUCAUGAGAACGGUGAGGAAUCAGCCCAGAACUACACGGGAGGAUCUUGUCAAUUAUAUCAAGGCAGCUGGGACCAUAGUCACCAAGAAAACAAUUGGUAACACUACGCCAUGAAGGACUGAAAUCCUGCAGCGCCCGCAAGGUCCCCCUGCUCAAAAAAGCACAUAUACAGGCCCGUCUGAAGUUUGCCAAUGAACAUCUGAAUGAUUCAGAGGAGAACUGGUUGAACGUGUUGUGGUCAGAUGAGACCAAAAUCUAGCUCUUUGGCAUCAACUCAACUCGCCGUGUUUGGAGGAGGAGGAAUGCUGCCUAUGACCCCAAGAACACCAUCCCCACUGUCAAACAUGGAGGUGGAAACAUUAUGCUUUGUGGUGUUUUUCUGCUAAGGGGACAGGACAACUUCACCGCAUCAAAGGGACGGUGGACGGGGCCAUGUACUGUCAAAUCUUGGGUGAGAACCUUCUUCCCUCAGCCAGGGCAUUGAAAAUGGGUCGUGGAUGGGUAUUCCAGCAUGACAAUGACCCAAAACACACGGCCAAGGCAACAAAGGAGUGGCUCAAGAAGAAGCACAUUAAGAUCCUGGAGUGGCCUAGCCAGUCUCCAGACCUUAAUCCCAUAGAAAAUCUGUGGAGGGAGCUGAAGGUUCGAGUUGCCAAAUGUCAGCCUCGAAACCUUAAUGACUUGGAGAAGAUCUGCAAAGAGGAUAUGUGGGAACUCCUUCAAGACUGUUGGAAAAGCAUUCCAGGUGAAACUGGAUGAGAGAAUGCCAAGAGUGUGCAAAGCUGUGGCUACUUUGAGGAAUCUAAAAUUUGAAAAAUAUUUUGAUUUGUUUAAUACAUUUUUGGUUACUACAUGAUACGUGUUAUUUCAUAGUUUUGAUGUCUUCACUAUUAUUCUACAAUGUAGAAAAUAGUAAAAAAUUAAGAAAAACCCUUGACUGAGUAGGUGUAUAUACAAAAGUAUGUGGACACACCUUCAAAUUAGUGGAUUUCAGCCACACCCGUUGCUGACAGGAGUAUAAAAUCGAGCACACAGCCAUGUAAUCUCCAGUUCGUCAAAUUUCUGCCCUGCAAGAGCUGCCCCGGUCAACAUUUUACAUUACAUUUUUACAUUUUAGUCAUUUAGCAGACGCUCUUAUCCAGAGCGACUUACAGUUAGUGAGUGCAUACAUUAUUAUUUUUAAAUAAUUUUUUAAUAAUUUUUAUACCCCCCGUGGGAAUCGAACCCACAACCCUGGCGUUGCAAACGCCAUGCUCUACCAACUGAGCUACAUCCCUGCCAGCCAUUCCCUCCCCUACCCUGGACGACGCUGGGCCAAUCGUGCGCCGCCCAAUGGGUCUCCCGGUCACGGCUGGCUACGACAGAGCCUGGAUUCGAACCAGGAUCUCUAGUGGCACAGCUAGUACUGCAAUGCAGUGCCUUAGACCACUGCGCCACUCGUCCAGUCAACUGUAGGUACUGUUAUUGUGAAGUGGAAACGUCUAGGUGCAACAACGGCUCAGCCGCGAGGUAGGCCAUACAAGCUCAUAGAACGGAACCGGCGAGUGCUGAAGCGCGUAGCACGUAAAAAUAAUUUGUCCUCAGUUGCAACACUCACAACCAAGUUCCAAACUGCCUCUGGAAGCAACGUCAGCACAAGAACUGUUUGUCGAGAGCUUCAUGAACUGGGUUUCCAUGGCCGAGCAGCCGCACACAAGCCUAAGAUCACGAUGCUCAAUGCCAAGCGUCUGCUGGAGUGGUGUAAAGCUCGCCGCCAUUUGACUCUGGAGCAUUGGAAACGCGUUCUCUGGAGUGAUGAAUCACGCUUCACCAUCUGGCAGUCUGAUAGAUGAAUCUAGGUUUGGCGGAUGCCAUGAGAACGCUACCUGCCCCAAUGCAUAGUGCCAACUGUAAAGUUUAGUGGAGGAGGAAUAAUGGUCUGGGGCUGAUUUUCAUGGUUCGGGCUAGGCCCCUUAGUUCCAGUGAAGGGAAAUCUUAACAUUACAGCAUACAAUGACAUUCUAGACGAUUCUGUGCUUCCCACUUUGUGGCAACAGUUUGGGGAAGGCCCUUUCCUGUUUCAGCAUGACAAUGCCCCCGUGCACAAAGCGAGGUCCAUACAGAAAUGGUUUUGGAAUGAGAUGUACUUUUGGUCAUGUAGUUUAGUGCCUAAAAUAUGUAAAACAAUUAUAAUAAUAGUUUCCUGAUCUUUCUUACGUCUCUGAUAUAGGACAGACACUUCAGAACAAACUUAUUUUUGAUUUUUGGGGGGGUAUCUGUUGUUCCAUGUGGUGAAUCUGUUAUUUAAUGCAUUUCUAUUGGCUAAUAGCAGUAACGCUAAAUUCAAUGUUUCAUACAAUUGUUUUUUGUAUUUUUUAUAUACCUUAAGGGGUCUUAAAAUUCCAAAUCAAAUCGCAAAAUGAUCCUUUGAAUGACUAUCUUAAAACAACUCCAUAUGUUUGCUUAGAACCCCCUCCCCCGGCUUAGACAGGGCUUAGAGUGUAAAGGGUUAAUGACCAUGUUGUUCUGUUGUCCAGAAGAACAAGGCUCUUGUCAUGUCUUGGUCCAGUCAUGACUCACCGUCUUUUCCAGUGCCCACUCUCUCUUCUAUGACCUUUAUAGCCUUUACGUCUGUCUGUGAGGAACCGUUGUGUCUCUCUGUGACAUGAAUGUCUGACGGGCACACUCAAUCAUCUCUGUAGUCUGCCCUAUAGACCAGCAUUACUGCUCUGAUCUACUCCCACUAACUGCAUGUUUUCUCUCCGCUCCUCGUGUCUCUGCCUCUGUGCCUUAGCUUGCAAUAGUGUUGUCUACUGUCCAGGUCUCCAUAGGUUAGGUCUCUGCCUGUGGUCCACCGACUGAUCCCAAUCCACAGGCUAACCUCAUGAGUCAUGGUCCACAGUGGACCUACAGCCUCAUUUUACCCACUGACGCACAACACAGUGACAUUGUACUUGUUAGCCACCCAUGCAGUUCAGCACAGGCCAUCAUUAAUGUAUGACGGACAAGAGUGUGUCUUUUCAUUGGCCUGUGACGGCUGUUGGGUUCCCAGUACUUUCCACCGUGUGGGACAAGCCGUGUCACUUGCUGGGGAACUCAGAAACUGCAGUAACGUAGGUAGUCCUGUCUGGGUGGUAGUCCCAUAGAAUUAGAACUAGAAUUUGAAUUAGAGAAUUUGAAUUUAGAAUCGAAUUCUAUGGGUUGUCCCAUUCCCAAGGAGAAAGGCCACUCCUCCCCCUUGCACAUUCAUCGUCAUGGCUCCUAUGUGUAGGAGUACAGAGAAAUGGCCUACAGUAUUAUGGACUGUAUGGGGCCUGUGUUCUUUUGGGUUGACGGUUAUCUCUGACAUCAGAGUGGAAGGCUAACUAAACGACUGUGUAUUCUUGCAUAAAUUAGUCUGCCUCCCAAAUGACAGGAAGCAUACUACUUCUCCCAUAGGAGGGUAAGAUGAGUAGGACGUCGCCCCGUACAAUGAUCCAAGGUCAGUCUUUGUGUUUUCCUCCCUAAUGGUUAUGGUUGGAUUUCGUUAAGAUUUCUGUGAAGUUGAAUCGUAUAUUUGGGUGCAGGAAUAAAGCAUUGGGGUGUAGAAAUAUUCUGUGUGCUGUGUGGGCCUCUCAUUCCUUUAUCUCAGGGUUUGGGUAAGCUCAGCUGAUCCUACAGCUGUGGGCCCUAAGGGCAGAGUGACUAGCAGGGGAAACAGGUAUUCAGAAUAGAAACCAUGCAUAAUAGUUUAGUCUGGCUGCCCAGUGGGAGAGGCUGUUGAACUGUGUUUGCCCUGUAGGAUUAUAUACAGGCUGCCAUCUAUACCUGGCAGUCCAGAACCAAACCCAGUGCCUGGCUGUCCAGAACCAAACCCAGUGUCUGGCUGUCCAGAACCAAACCCAGUGUCUGGCUGUCCAGAACCAAACCCAGGGCCUGGCAGUCCAGAACCAAACCCAGUGCCUGGCAGUCCAGAACCAAACCCAGUGCCUGGCAGUCCAGAACCAAACCCAGUGCUUGGCUGUCCAGAACCAAACCCAGUGUCUGGCUGUCCAGAACCAAACCCAGGGCCUGGCUGUCCAGAACCAAACCCAGGGCCUGGCAGUCCAGAACCAAACCCAGUGCCUGGCAGUCCAGAACCAAACCCAGUGCCUGGCAGUCCAGAACCAAACCCAGUGCCUGGCAGUCCAGAACCAAACCCAGGGCCUGGCAGUCCAGAACCAAACCCAGUGCCUGGCUGUCCAGAACCAAACCCAGUGCCUGGCUGUCCAGAACCAAACCCAGGGCCUGGCUGUCCAGAACCAAACCCAGUGCCUGGCUGUCCAGAACCAAAACAUUUUAUACCUUAAUUUACAAGUCGACAAACUUUUCCCAAAAGCAGUUAAGUAAAAGUAAUCCUGGUUCAUCUAACAGCCGAGAUGAGGAGCGAUGACAGGAGGCAAAACUAGCCAGUUCUAACAGCCGAGAUGAGGAGCGAUGACAGGAGGCAGAACUAGCCCGUUCUAACAGCCGAGAUGAGGAGCGACGACAGGAGGCAAAACUAGCCCGUUCUAACAGCCGAGAUGAGGAGCGAUGACAGGAGGCAAAACUAGCCCGUUCUAACAGCCGAGAUGAGGAGCGAUGACAGGAGGCAGAACUAGCCCGUUCUAACAGCCGAGAUGAGGAGCGAUGACAGGAGGCAGAACUAGCCCGUUCUAACAUUUUGUGUUGUGGAAGGAACAGCUGACUGAAGACCUGUGCUGGUUGAGUCCGUUUCCGUGGUAACACUUUUCUGCUCCUUGUUUCAGCAAGGUUUUGUAGCAAACGAGUAUCAUGAAAUACAUGCACCCAAGUAUCAUGAAAUACAUGCACCCAAGUAUCAUGAAAUACAUGCACCCAAGUAUCAUGAAAUACAUGCACCCAAGUAUCAUGAAAUACAUGCACCCAAGUGUCAUGAAAUAUAUGCACCCAAGUAUCAUGAAAUACAUGCAGCCAAGUGUCAUGAAAUACAUGCAGCCAAGUGUCAUGAAAUACAUGCACCAAAGUAUCAUGAAAUACAUGCACCCAAGUAUCAUGAAAUACAUGCACCCAAGUGUCAUGAAAUACAUGCACCCAAGUAUCAUGAAAUACAUGCACCCAAGUAUCAUGAAAUACAUGCACCCAAGUAUCAUGAAAUACAUGCACCCAAGUGUCAUGAAAUAUAUGCACCCAAGUAUCAUGAAAUACAUGCAGCCAAGUGUCAUGAAAUACAUGCAGCCAAGUGUCAUGAAAUACAUGCACCAAAGUAUCAUGAAAUACAUGCACCCAAGUAUCAUGAAAUACAUGCACCCAAGUAUCAUGAAAUACAUGCACCCAAGUAUCAUGAAAUACAUGCACCCAAGUAUCAUGAAAUACAUGCACCCAAGUGUCAUGAAAUAUAUGCACCCAAGUAUCAUGAAAUACAUGCACCCAAGUAUCAUGAAAUACAUGCACCCAAGUAUCAUGAAAUACAUGCACCCAAGUAUCAUGAAAUACAUGCACCCAAGUGUCAUGAAAUACAUGCACCCAAGUAUCAUGAAAUACAUGCAGCCAAGUGUCAUGAAAUACAUGCAGCCAAGUGUCAUGAAAUACAUGCACCAAAGUAUCAUGAAAUACAUGCACCCAAUGGCUUACCAAAAACAAGGCACAUGCUGUUGUGCAAAUGGAAUAGACAACAGGUGGAAAUUAUAGGCAAUUAGCAAGACACCCCCAAUAAAGGACUGGUUUUGCAGGUGGUGACCACAGACCACUUCUCAGUUCCUAUGCUUCCUGGCUGAUGUUUUGGUCACUUUUGAAUGCUGGCAGUGCUUUCACUCUAGUGGUAGCAUGAGACGGAGUCUACAACCCACACAAGUGGCUCAGGUAGUGCAGCUCAUCCAGGAUGGCACAUCAAUGCGAGCUGUGGCAAGAAGGUUUGCUGUGUCUGUCAGCGUAGUGUCCAGAGCAUGGAGGCGCUACCAGGAGACAGGCCAGUACAUCAGGAGACGUGGAGGAGGCCAUAGGAGGGCAACAACCCAGCAGAGGACUGCUACCUCCGUCUUUGUGCAAGGAGGAGCAGGAGGAGCACUGCCAGAGCCCUGCAAAAUGACCUCCAGCAGGCCACAAAUGUGCAUGUGUCUGCUCAAACGGUCAGAAACAGACUCCAUGAGGGUGGUAUGAGGGCCCGACGUCCACAGGUGGGGGUUGUGCUUACAGCCCAACACCGUGCAGGAGGUUUGGCAUUUGCCAGAGAACACCAAGAUUGGCAAAUUCGCCACUGGCGCCCUGUGCUCUUCACAGAUGAAAGCAGGUUCACACUGAGCACGUGACAGACGUGACAGAGUCUGGAGACGCCGUGGAGAACGUUCUGCUGCCUGCAACAUCCUCCAGCAUGACCGGUUUGGCAGUGGGUCAGUCAUGGUGUGGGGUGGCAUUUCUUUGGGGGGCCGCACAGCCCUCCAUGUGCUCGCCAGAGGUAGCCUGACUGCCAUUAGGUACCGAGAUGAGAUCCUCAGACCCCUUGUGAGACCAUAUGCUGGUGCGGUUGGCCCAGGGUUCCUCCUAAUGCAAGACAAUGCUAGACCUCAUGUGGCUGGAGUGUGUCAGCAGUUCCUGCAAGAGGAAGGCAUUGAUGCUAUGGACUGGCCCGCCCGUUCCCCAGACCUGAAUCCAAUUGAGCACAUCUGGGACAUCAUGUCUCGCUCCAUCCACCAACGCCACGUUGCACCACAGACUGUCCAAGAGUUGGCGGAUGCUUUAGUCCAGACCAUCCGCCAACUCAUCAGGAGCAUGCCCAGGCGUUGUAGGGAGGUCAUACAGGCACGUGGAGGCCACACACACUACUGAGCCACACACUACAUUACAUCAAAGUUGGAUCAGCCUGUAGUGUGGUUUUCCACUUUAAUCCAAAUCCAGACCUCCAUGGGUUGAUAAAUUUGAUUUCCAUUGAUAAUUUUUGUGUGAUUUUGUUGUCGGCACAUUCAACUAUGUAAAGAAAAAAGUAUUUAAUAAGAUUAUUUCAUUCAUUCAGAUCUAGGAUGUGUUCUUUUAGUGUUCCCUUAAUUUUUUUGAGCAGUGUGUAUAUAUAAGCACCCGCCAAAUAAUUAUAAGAAAAUUGUAAUUAUUAGAAUAGUUUCCUACAUGGCAUGAUAAACACUGUGUGUGCUAUCAACUUUAUAUCUACUUUGUCUGCACCCUCGUCUAUGUCCCAAAUGGCACCCUAUUCCCUAUAUAGUGCCCUAUGUGCCCUGGUCAAAAGUAUAGUAGUAAACUGCAUAGGGAAUAGGGUGCCAUUUGGGACGCAUUACUCCUCUGUUGGCUUUACUGUGAAGCUGUUGGAUGAAGAUGAGGUCUGUCUUUUAGAUGGAAACUGUGAUAAAUGCCAGCCAGAUAUAGCUCCGGGCAGGCAGCCAUUUCUCCCUUUGAGUUUUAAUGUGAGGCCCUAAGUGUAGAUGACUCUUGAACUGCGGUUGCGUCCCAAAUAUGCAUCACUCCUCUCCUGGCUAUGUUCCUCAGUGUUUUGUCACUGUGCUGUGAUAAGAUUAUGUCUGUUACCUUGUUGCUUCCGAGACAGACCGAUGCAGCAGCCUAUGGGCCCGCCCAUACCUCCUCCCCUCCCUCCUCUCCUCCCUCCUCUCCUCCGUGUCUUGUCAUGUCCUCCCUCCUCUCUCCUCCUCUCCUCCCUACCUCCUCUCCUCCGUGUCCUGUCAAGUCAUCCAUCCUCUCCUCCUCUCCUCCCUACCACCUCCUUUCCUCCAUGUCCUGUUAGGGGAGCCUACCCUCCGCUCCUCCCCUCACCUCGCUCUCCCUCCCUCCCUCCUCCUCUCCUCCCUACCUCCUCCUCUCCUCCGUGUCCUGUCAAGACCUCGCUCCUCCCCUACCUCCUCUACUCCCUCCUCCCCUCCCUCCUCCUCUCCUCCAUGUCCUGUCAAGUCCUCCCUCCUCUCCUCCCUACCACCUCCUCUCCUCUGUGUCCUGUCAAGUCCUCCCUCCUCUCCUCCCUACCUCCUCUCCUCCGUGUCCUGUCAAGUCCUCCCUCCUCUCCUCCCUACCUCCUCUCCUCCGUGUCCUGUCAAGUCAACCCUCCUCUCCUCCCUACCACCUCCUCCGUGUCCUGUCCUCUCCUCCCUCCUCUCCUCUCUCCUCCCGCCUCUUCCCUAGCCUUCCCUGUCCUGUCCGGUUUAUUUGUAUACGUUUUAAUAUUUUUGGCUGCUUUUUAAGUAAAUACCUGCAGUCAACUUGUGCAAUACGUUAGGAGAUAAAACAGAUCAUUUCACCUGUCGCUUUAUUUUACAUUGUGAAGCUUACCGUAGUUCCACAGUUGAGCCAGUAACGUGUUUGUUUGUAAAUAGCACAAUGGGAGAAAGUCCAGCUGUGUAUUUAACUGCCUAGUUUGUUAGCUACAGUGCAUUCUGACCCCUUGACUUUUUCCACAUUUUGUUGCGUUACAGCCUUAUUCUAAAAUGUAUUAAAUUGUUUUUGUUCCUCAUCAAUCUACACACAAUACCCCAUAAUGACAAAGCAAAAAAAGGUUUUUAGAAAUGUUUGCAAAUUUAUUAAAAAAAUACUAAACUGAAAUAUCACAUUUACAUAAGUAUUCAGACCCUUUACUCAGUACUUUGUUGAAGCACCUUUGGAAGCGAUUACAGCCUUGAGUCUUCUUGGGUAUGACGCUACAAGCUUGGCACACCUGUAUUUGGGGAGUUUCUCCCAUUCUUCUCUGCAGAUCCUCGCAAACUCUGUCAGGUUGGAGUCAUAAUGACUCUUCUCAUCUCAUAAUGACACUUCUCAUCUCAAUGACUCUUCACAUCUCAUAAUGACUCUUCUCAUCUCAUAAUGACUCUUCACAUCUCAUAUUGACUCUUCACAUCUCAUAAUGACACUUCUCAUCUCAAUGACUCUUCACAUCUCAUAAUGACUCUUCACAUCUCAUAAUGACUCUUCACAUCUCAUAAUGACUCUUCACAUCUCAUAAUGACUCUUCACAUCUCAUAAUGACUCUUCACAUCUCAUAAUGACUCUUCACAUCUCAUAAUGACUCUUCUCAUCUCUAACAGGAGAGGUGAGGUAAGGUGAGGAGAGUUGAAGUAAGGAGAGGUGAGAGGAGAGUUGAGGUGAAGUAAGGAGAGGUAAGGUGAGGAGAGGUGAGGAGAGGUGAGAGGAGAGUUGAGGUGAAGUAAGGUGAAGAGAGUAGGUGAGGACCUAGGUUGAUGUUCACGAGUGUGGACACCUCUACCUCAGGGACAUUUAAAUCUUUACUAACGACAUGCCACUGGCUUUGAGCAAAUCCAGUGUGUCUAUGUAUGCGGAUGACUCAACACUAUACACGUUAGCUACUACAGCAACUUUCCUGCUACACUUUACCGUCACGCUUUACCGUCACGCUUUACCGUCACGCUUUCCUGCUACCCUUUACCGUCACGCUUUCCUGCUACCCUUUACCGUCACGCUUUCCUGCUACCCUUUACCGUCACGCUUUCCUGCUACCCUUUACCGUCACGUUUUACCGUCACGCUUAAUAUACCAAAUUACCCCCCUUACCCUUUACCGUCACGUUUUACCGUCACGCUUUACUGUCACGCUUUACCGUUGAACAAGGUUACUGCCAGAGGCCAGACUUGCCCUUCUCUUCUCUCUCUACCGCUCCCUCCCUCGGGGCAUUCUUGUUGACAUUGCUCUUCCACCCACCUGUGAAAUGGCUGCUAACCCAGAGAGAGCAGAGCAGGGCACCUCUUCAUCAAGGCACUCCUCUCUGAGCUCUACUGUGAUGUAAUCUAAUCAGAGAAGAAGUCUGUGGCCCCAAAAUGGCACCCUAUUCCCUACCUAGUGCCAUUUGGGACGCACAAUUGGACGACCACAUGCCUUACUUCCUGAUUUCAUGGCACUGUCAGACCGUUAAAGUACCCCCCCUGCCUUUCCUCAUUGGUCAUCUCCACCUCUCCCUGCUGUCCAUCAACACUGGAACCGCCCCCUCAUAAACAUGCUCUCCCAUAAUUAAGUUACUAGGUUGGAGGAUGAGGACUGUGUCCCAAAUGGCACCCUAUUCCCUAUAUAGUGCACUACUUUUCACCAUAGCCCACAAACUGGCCAAAAGUGGUGCACUACAUAGGGAAUAGGGUGCCAUUUGGGCUGCAGAUGAGAACCGUUGCGUAACAGCAUGAAGGAGAGGAGCGCUGUUUGUCUGUCUGUGUCUGAGGACUCCAGCGGAGAGAGCAGAGGGCAUGUUGUACAGGACUCCAGCGGAGAGAGCAGAGGGCAUGUUGUACAGGACUCCAGCGGAGAGAGCAGAGGGCAUGUUGUACAGGACUCCAGCGGAGAGAGCAGAGGGCAUGUUGUACAGGACUCCAGCGGAGAGAGCAGAGGGCAUGUUGUACAGGACUCCAGCGGAGAGAGCAGAGGGCAUGUUGUACAGGACUCCAGCGGAGAGAGCAGAGGGCAUGUUGUACAGGACUCCAGCGGAGAGAGCAGAGGGCAUGUUGUACAGGACUCCAGCGGAGAGAGCAGAGGGCAUGUUGUACAGGACUGUCAGCAGCCCAGCAGCACUCGCUCUCCUUGGCCUUUACUCUGCUCUGCUAAGUGUUCACCACACACUGGCCAUAUGGCAGAUUAGGCUUCUUCCUGGAGAAACAACAUUUCCUGUUUGUCUGUCUGUCUGUCUGUCUGUGUGUGUGUGUGUGUGUGUGCGUGUGUGUGUGUGCGUGUGUGUGUGUGUGUGUGUGCGUGUGUGUGUGUGUGUGUGUCUGUGGCACCGUACUUGGGUUACACUUCUUGCCUGUGUAACCAAAUCCAGCUCUGAGUGGAGGAAGAACUAAGGGGGACAGGGUAUGUGUGUGUGUGUGUGUAAGGGGGACAUGCUAAUGUGUGAUUUAGGUAGAACCAUAACAGUUGCUAAUGUGUGAUUUAGGUAAAAUCAUAAGUGUACUGUUUGCACUCACUCAGGCUGGUAUGUGUUAGUGCAGGUUGCUGUAGUACAGAAUCUCCUGAGUCCCUCCCUCCCUUUUUGGGAAAGCCUUUCCGUCUACAAGUUGACGGUUAUCAUUAGCAUUAUCUCUAACGGCAGGGGUACAUGCAUUUCCUCUUCAGAAAGUUGAAGAAAAAUACGAAUCACUGAUGCAUUUUGUUCAUGUCUAAUGAUAAUCUUGGUCUAUUGAAUCUAUCGAAUAAAGUCUCUCUCUUCUUGCCCGCUCUUCUCUUCCUCUCUCUCCUCUCUCUCUCUCCAGCCUUCCAUCUCUCGCAGCCCUCUUCUCUCUCUCCUCAGCAAGCCUCACAAGCCCAUCCCCAUGCCAUUUUCCUCAGCAGCCUCCCAUCACAGCCCUCUCUCUCUCUCCUCAGCAGCCUCCCCCAUCCCAUCCCAGCUCUCUCUCUUCUCCUCAGCAGCCCUCCCAUCCCCAGCCCUCUCUCUCUCUCUCCUCAGCAGCCUCCCCAUCCCCAGCCCUCUCUCUCUCUCCCUCAGCAGCCUCCCAGCCCUCCAGCCUCUCUCUCUCUCCUCAGCAGCCUCCCAUCCCCAGCCCCCUCUCUCCCCUCAGCAGCCUCCCAGCCCCAUCCCCAGCCCCUCUCUCCCCUCAGCAGCCUCCCAGCCCCAUCCCCAGACCCUCUCUCUCCCCUCAGCAGCCUCCCAGCCCCAUCCCCAGACCUCUCUCUCUCCCCUCAGCAGCUCCCAGCCCCAUCCCCAGACCUCUCUCUCUCCCCUCAGCAGCCUCCCAGCCCCAUCCCAGACCUCUCUCUCUCCCCUCAGCAGCCCCCUCCGCCCAUCCCAAGCCUCUCUCUCCUCCCCUCCAGCAGCCUCCCAGCCCCAUCCCCAGCCCUCUCUCUCUCCCCCUCAGCAGCCUCCCAGCCCCCCCAGCCCUCUCUCUCUCCCCCCAUCAGCAGUCCUCCCAGGCCCCCAUUGACCCAGCCUCUCUCUCUCUUCCCCUCAGCAGCCUCCCAGCCCCAUCCCCAGCCCCCUUCUCUCUCCCCCGCAGCCUCCCAGCCCCAUCCCCAGCCCCCUCUCUCUCCUCCCCUCAGCAGCCUCCCAGCCCCCAUCACCCAGCCCCUUCUCUCUUCCCAUCAGCAGUCUCCCAGCCCCAUACCCCAGCCCUCUCUCUCUCCCACUCAGCAAGCCUCCCAGGCCCCAUCCCCAGCCCUCUCUCAUCUCCCUCAGCACCCCCAGCCCCAUCCCCUCAGCAGCUCCCAGCCCCCUCUCUCUCCCCUCAGCAGCCUCCCAGCCCCAUCCCCAGCCCUCUCUCUCCCCUCAGCAGCCUCCCAGCCCCAUCCCCAGCCCCUCUCUCUCUCUCCCUCAGCAGCCUCCCAGCCCCAUCCCCAGCCCUCUCUCUCCCCCCAGCAGCCUCCCAGCCCCAGCCCUCUCUCUCCCCUCAGCAGCCUCCCAGCCCCAUCCCCAGCCCUCUCUCUCUCCCCUCAGCAGCCUCCCAGCCCCAUCCCCAGCCCUCUCUCUCUCCCCUCAGCAGCCUCCCAGCCCCAUCCCCAGCCCUCUCUCUCCCCCAGCAGCCUCCCAGCCCCAGCCCUCUCUCUCCCCUCAGCAGCCUCCCAGCCCCAUCCUCUCUCUCUCCCCCCAGCAGCCUCCCAGCCCCAGCCCCAGCCUCUCUCUCUCCUCUCUCCCCUCAGCAGCCUCCCAGCCCAUCCCCAGCCCUCUCUCUCUCUCCCCUCAGCAGCCUCCCAGCCCCAUCCAGCCCCUCUCUCUCUCCCCUCAGCAGCCUCCCAGCCCCAUCCCCAGCCCCCUCUCUCUCUCCCCUCAGCAGCCUCCCAGCCCCAUCCCCAGCCCCCUCUCUCCCCCAGCAGCCUCCCAGCCCCAGCCCUCCUCUCUCCCCUCAGCAGCCUCCCAGCCCCACCACUCUCUCUCCCCUCAGCAGUCUCCCAGCCCCAGCCCCAUCCCCAGCCCUCUCUCUCCCCCAGCAGCCUCCCAGCCCCAGCCCCUCUCUCUCCCCUCAGCAGCCUCCCAGCCCCAUCCCUCUCUCUCUCUCCCCCAGCAGCCUCCCAGCCCCAGCCCCAGCCCUCUCUCUCUCUCCCCUCAGCAGCCUCCCAGCCCCAUCCCAGCCCUCUCUCUCUCCCCUCAGCAGCCUCCCAGCCCACCCUGUAAUUGUGAGAUUUGGAAUGUGCAUAAUGUUGAUCGUGUCUGGUACUAAACCACACUGAUAGAGAGGCGUGUAAUUGACUGCACCGUGGACAGUGUUGUGGGCUGCUCCUUUUGCCUUUCAAAUGACUUUAAACUGUGUGUACGUGUGAGUGUGUGUUCGCUCUGGGAUUUCAGUAGCUUAUCACUGUACUGCAGAUCAACUGAUACUACAGCAACAUAUUGUGUAGAAUUACAAUACAGUGUUCGGAUCAUUAUUCAUUCAGCACCAGUUUCCCAUUGUUUAGCUACUUCUGCUCUGGUCCUCAAGGGAGCACUAUUGAUUCACCCCAUGGCUGCGUCUCAAAUGGCACCCCAUUCCCUAUAUUGUGCACUACUUUUGACCAGAGCCCUAUGGUCCCUGGGCAAAAUAAGUGCACUAUAUGAUUAUAGGGAAUAGGGUGCCAUUUGGGACGCAGAUCAGUACAAUAGUUGAAGAGGUCAACCCUUUGAUGUCCCCUGCAGUGCUCCAGUGGUCCUAUUGUGCCCUGCAGGGCUAAGGUUGAGAGAGUAUUGAUCCAGACUCCAGUCUGUCCUGUAGGGUUGAGACAGAGAGUAUUGAUCAAGAUUCCAGUCUGUUCUGUAGGGUUGAGACUGAGAGAGUAUUGAUCCAGACUCCAGUCUGUCCUGUAGGGUUGAGACAGAGAGUAUUGAUCAAGAUUCCAGUCUGUCCUGUAGGGUUGAGACUGAGAGAGUAUUGAUCCAGACUCCAGUCUGUCCUGUAGGGUUGAGACAGAGAGUAUUGAUCAAGAUUCCAGUCUGUCCUGUAGGGUUGAGACUGAGAGAGUAUUGAUCCAGACUCCAGUAUGUCCUGUAGGGUUGAGACUGAGAGAGUAUUGAUCCAGACUCCAGUCUGUCCUGUAGGGUUGAGACUGAGAGAGUAUUGAUCCAGACUCCAGUAUGUCCUGUAGGGUUGAGACUGAGAGAGUAUUGAUCCAGACUCCACUCAGUCACGUCCGUCCCCAAUUCUCCCAGAUGUCCAUCUGACCACCAGUUACAACACAAUACAAUACAACUGGUGACAUGGAGUCAAAAGGCCUUUACAUUAUAAAUGAACCUACCUGGCAAACUCGCUAAGUCCUAAUUGGCACCCUAUUCCCUAUAUAGUGCACUACUUUUAACCAGAGCUCUAUGGACCAGUGUACAACGACUGUACCCAACUGCUACCUCUGUACUGUAUGUUCAGUCAUCCAUUACCUCUAAAGGACUCUCCACAGUGAUUUCACAGUCACAAAACUACGUAGAGCUACACAAACAAAGCUCCGUCGGAUCCGUUGCGUAGACUGUGUGGAGCCCUUAAGAACACACAUCCUGGAUCAGUCAUUUGUGCGUGCUCUGUGGCUCGGAGGAUUUCAGGGUAAUAUGAAAGUGAAGACUAGUUGAGGGCAGAAACCCCGAACUGUCACCUCCGAAUGAGGGAGGGGAAAGGCUUGGGAGUUUCCUACUCUCUUGUGACUGCCUUAACAUUAAAAUAUUAGACCUAAAUAGGGUAGCUGAUUGGUUCUGGGUGCCGAGAUUAGGAUUUUUCUGACCACCAUUCCCUAAAGUGGAAUUAGAAUGUCAUCUGCUGUGUUCAUGCGUCCGUCUGGGGGGGAGAGAGGAGUGUUUCUGUGGUUUUGUGGCCGAUCAAAUGAGGAUUCUGUUUGGUGCUUAACGGCAGCUAGUGUCAGGCAGGACUUCCCCUUAGAGGACACACACUGUUGGACGGUUGUACAGAGAGAAGCGUGGCUGCCUGAAGGGUCGAUUGGGACCAGUGACGUAUGAGACGUAUUUGACUGAACUACUCCUGUCCUGUCCACCGUGAUGCGUCUGAGGAGUCCAGUCAAACCAUUGGAGGAGGACGAUGUGUUCUUCUACUGCUCAGGACCUGAGGUAGAGAAUGGAAAAAAUAGAAUUAUAGAUGGACUCAGUGUAUUUCAGUGUGUAUACUUCUCAGUGCUAAGGCGGCAGAGGCACUGAAGUGUCUUGUGAAGCCUACUGGGACUAGUGAAUAAAUCGUUAAUCGUUGGCCCGUAAGUAGUAUGAUGGACUCAGUGUUUCACUCUGGGUAAGAGCGUCUGCUAAAUGAUCAAAUGUCAAAUAAAGUACGAUGUGUGUACUCCUCAGCGCUAAGAGGACCACAAUGGAAAUAAGGCAUCUGCAUUCUUGUGGCUGGAGCAGCCCUUCUAUGUUCCUUCAAGACCUAUAGAGCACUGAAGGCAGUGAGUAGACUGGAGUGUGUUGUGAAGGACAGAGAGACUAGUGAAUUGUAAAUCAACAUUGGCCCUAAGCUGUGUUGUAGAGCGCUGCAUAUUUCAGACCGAUUGAUCUGUUUAUAGAGACUGCAGGGCGUGGUAUAAUUUUAUGAUCUCGCACUCUCCUGCUCUCUCUUUCUUUGCUCUGUCGAUUCCUGUGAUUUGGUUCUCAGAAAGUCACACACACUCGUCUCUUUUUUUGCUAGGGGUAUGAACUGUUCCGUUUCAACGCAUCAGCGGUUCCUUCAUUGUGAAUUUUUUACCACGUAAUCUAUAACAGAGAAGUAAUGCUUCUAUGAAGUCUGUGACAAAGCUGGCCGAUACCUUGUGAACUAAAAAAGGCUUUCCUUUACCAAGACCCCUCUGUUGAUCAGAUAGAGUGAGAGACAACGAGUCAUUCCAGGAAUAUUGUUUCUUAAGAAAUAGUCGUCAUGGUUAUGAUGUAGCUUGUUGUACUGGGCUCUGGUUAAAUGUAGUGCACUAUCGGCAAUAGGGUGGCAUUUAGGACACAUACUAAAUGUUAUGUUUCUAUGGGCCCUGGCCAGAGGUAGUGCACUACACUGAGAAUACCAAACAUUAGGAGCACCUUCCUAAUAUCGAGUUGCCCUCAGAACAGCCUCAAUUCGUCGGGGCAUGGACUCUACAAGGUGUCGAAAGCGUUCCACAGGGAUGCUGGCCCAUGUUCACUCCAAUGCUUCCCACAGUUGUGUGAAGUUGGCCGGAUGUCCUUUGGGUGGUGGACCAUUCUUGAUACACGCGGGAAACGGUUGAGCGUGGAAAAACUCAGCAGCGUUGCAGUUCUUGACACAAACCGGUGCGCCUGGAACCUACUACUGUACUACAUUUACACUUACAUUUUAGUCAUUUAGCAGACGCUCUUAUCCAGAGCGAUUUACAGUUAGUGAACACAUUUUUUUUAUUUUUUUUAUUUUUUUUAUACUGGCCCCCCGUUGGAAACGAACCCACAACCCUGGCGUUGCAAACGCCAUGCUCUAUCAACUGAGCUACAUCCCUGCCGGCCAUUCCCUCCCCUACCCUGGACGACGCUGGGCCAAUUUUGCGCCGCCCCAUGGGUCUCCCGGUCACGGCCAGCUACGACAGAGCCUGGAUUCGAACCAGGAUCUCUAGUGGCACAGUUUGCACUGCGAUACAGUGCCUUAGACCACUGCGCCACUCAGGAGACAAUUUUGUCUUGCCCAUUCCUCCUCUAAUUGGCACACAAACACAAUCCAUGUCACAAGGCUUAAAAAUCCUUCAUUAACCUGUCUACUCCCCUUCGUCUACACUGAUUUGAAGUGGAUUGAACAAGUGACAUAAAAAAUGAUCAUAACUUUCACCUGGAUUAAUCUGGUCAGUCUAUGUCAUGGAAAGAGCAAGUGUUCUUAAUGUUUUGUACAAUCGGUGUAUAGUGCCAUUUGAGAUGUAACACAGUUUUACUUCUGUAUUUACUGUGCUUGCACUGCCUCUCCUUCUAAAUGACUUAUGUCAUCAAGCCAACGGUCAAGUCAAUUUACGGAACCAAUCUGUGUUUCACUUCACUUCCCUUCAUGACUAACUUCCUCUUUUCCCCUCCGGCCUUGUUUUCCCUUUCUGCUUACUAUGAUUUACUUCACCAUGACUGUGGUUGAUUUACUUCACCAUGACUGUGGUUGAUUUACUUCACAUGACUGGUUGAUUUACUUCACCAUGACUGUGGUUGAUUUACUUCACCAUGGUGUCUGCUAAAUGGCAUAUUAUUAUUAUUAUUAUGACUGUGGUUGAUUUACUUCACCAUGACUGUGGUUGAUUUACUUUACCAUGACUGUGGUUGAUUGACUGUGGUUGAUUUACUUCACCGUGACUGUGGUUGAUUUACUUCAUCGUGACUGUGGUUGAUUUACUUCACCGUGACUGUGGUUGAUUUACUUCACCAGUGACUGUGGUUGAUUUACUUCACCGUGACUGUGGUUGAUUUACUUCACCGUGACUGUGGUUGAUUUACUUCACCGUGACUGUGGUUGAUUUACUUCACCGUGACUGUGGUUGAUUUACUUCACCGUGACUGUGGUUGAUUUACUUUACCGUGACGUGGUUGAUUUACUUCACCGUGACUGUGGUUGAUUUACUUUACCGUGACUGUGGUUGAUUUACUUUACCGUGACUGUGGUUGAUUUACUUCACCGUGACUGUGGUACCCUUCCUGCAGGUUCAUCCUGACAUUAACCUCCAGCAUGACAAUGCCACCAGCCAUACUGCUCGUUCUGUGCAUGAUUUCCUGCAAAACAGGAAUGUCAGUGUUCUGCUAUGGCCAGCAAAGAGCCCGGAUCUCAAUCCCAUUGAGCACAUCUGGGACCUGUGGAUCGGAGGGUGAGGGCUAGGGCCAUUCCCCCACCAGAAAUGUCUGGGAACUUGCAGGUGCCUUGGUGGAAGAGUGGGGUAACAUCUCACAGCAAGAACUGGCAAAUUUGGUUGCAGUCCAUUGAGGAGAAGAUGCACUGCAGUACUUAAUGCAGCUGUUGGCCACACCAGAUACUGACUGUUACUUUUGAUUUUGACCCCCCCCCCCCCCCCCCCUUUGUUCAGGGACACAUUAUUCAAUUUCUGUUAGUCACAUGUCUGUGGAACUUGUUCAGUUGUUCAUGUCUCAGUUGUUGAAUGUUGUUAUGGUCAUAGAAAUAUUUACACAUGUUAAGUUUGCUGAAAAUAAACACAGUUGACAGUGAGAGGACGUUUCUUUAUUUGCUGAGUUUAUUUACCUGCUGUUCAAAUCUCUCUCUCAUGCAGUCUCUCAUGCGCUCUGCAGGUAUUGGGAGGACCGUGUGCAAGACAUUGCAUCUGGAGGACACUGAUCCAAUUCUGAUCAGUCGCCGAAUUGUUUGAUAUAGCGUUUUUUGCGUAUUUUUUAUUUAUUUUUAACUUGUCCAGGCAAGCGGACAAGCAUUUAUGUCGAUCCCUGUCAGUCAAGUGUUCACCAAUACGUCUAUUACUAACCCAUGGUGGUUUAGAGACACACUAGAGAAAAGGGCAAUUUGAGACUGUGUGUUGUCAUUAAAAAAUUGGUCCUGACCUGCACAUAAUGAUGUUAGCGUUCAUUCUAUAAGUAGUGCCCAGAGUUAUUAAUCAGGCUAUGUCUGUUCAUUCUCUUUCUCUCUCAAGAGUUUGAAGUGGCUCACGUCAAGAUUCAGACAAGUCAUUCAUGUAUUUUCCAACCCAUCUCUCUCCUCUUAUCCAGACCGUCUCUCUGUCGGGUCAGAGUGGUCGUCCUGAGUCUCCUGUCUACACUAACCUCCAGGAGCUGAAGAUCUCUGGGUCCAGCCUGCCCCCCGACCCCUCCAGCUCCCCGCAGCACGUCCUGGGGGACUGGGAGACACAUAAGGUCUGUACUACUACUGCCACUGUGUCAUGGAUUGUGACUUAGGUAUUGUCUACGGGUGCGUCCCAAAUGGCAUCCUAUUACAUAUUUAGUGCACUACGGGGCCCAUAGGGCCCUGGUCAAAAGUAGUGCACUAAAUAGGGAAUAGGGUGCCAUUUGGGAUGUAUGCUGUAUAUCGCUCUGGAUAAGAGCGUCUGCUAAAUGACGUAAAUGUAAAUGUAAUGUUGUCUGAUCUGUGUAUGUCAUUUGACUGUUUUUAACCACGAGCUGAUAUAUUGUAGAUUUAAAUUCAAUUCAAUUUCAAGGACCAGAGCGGCAGACAGUACUACUACAACUGUUCCACCCAGGAGAGAACAUGGAAGCCUCCCCGAGCCAGAGACGCUAGCAGUGGCAGCAGCAGCCGCGGUGAAUCCCACAGCAAUAGCACUGGGGAGACAGAGGUAUGUACUGGGACAUGUGUUGGAAACACACACACACACACACACACACACACACACUUACUCAAACUCACACAUAGGCACAGACACAAGUAAAUGCAUUUAUGAAUAAUCAUGAUUUAUAUGUGCUUGUGCUCUAAAACACGCCCAUCCAAACACAUUAGACAGAAAGAAUCACUGCUGCAUUCCGGCAGGAUCACAGAAACAGUAUGUUUUGCGGUGGUCUCUAGAAUGAUGAUAAUAGCGCCACACUGCCACCCUGUGGCCAGAAGCAGUCAGUGCUCCUCAAACUGUGACGGUCCCAACCUCGUUUGUUGUCACUACAGUAUCCUCUGUCUAUCCACACACAGUAACAGUGUUCAGACUGAGUAGGGUGCAGUGCUUUGACGCUUAUGGUAUCUUUGGCUCUCUGUGCUUUGCAGACCUGGGUUCAAAUACAAUUUGAUUGAAUACCUGUGCUUGAUUUGAGUUUUCCUGGCUUAAUGGACUUUUUCAUUAGUCCACUGUUGAUACGGUCCCAAAAAUGGUUUGCAUGUCAACAGUCAAGUUUUCAAGAUAUUGGACUUUCAAGAAGCAAAGUGUCACCGGCUGCAUCACCAUGACGAUGCAAAUAUUUCAAUAUCUUGAAAACUUGACUGCUGACAUCAAAACAUUUUGGGACUGUAUCAUUGGACUAAUGGAAAAAAAAUACAAAAAUAUCGUUUUUGAGUGGAGUUUGCCUUUUAAAGGGAUACUUCUGGAUGUUGGCAAUCAGGCCCUUUAUCUACUUCCCCAGAGUCAGAUGAACUCGUGGAUACCAUUUUUAUGUCUCUGUGUCCAGUAUGAAGGUAGUUAAAGGGGCCUCGUUGCCAACAUCCCGAAGUAUCCCUUUAAUCCCAAAGCUGCAAACCCCUCUCAUCUGGGCUACAGGCAGGCAAGAGCAAAUGUUAAAGUAUUUGAACCCAGGACUGGUGCCGUAAGUGGCUUCAGUAUUCUUGGCGGUACAUUAUGGGUGACGGUGACCUCUAUAGCGCUGACUGUGAUUCAUCGUGACUGCUGAUUUGGUGCUUUCUAUUCUCAAUGGUGAUUGGUCCUUCUCGCUAUCUCUCUCUCUCUCCUCCCUUUAUGCCGCUCUCUCUCCUCCCUCUAUCCCUCUAUCCAUCUCUCUCUCCUCUCUCUAUCUCUCUUCUCCAUCCUAUCUCUCUUCUCCUCUACCGUCUCUCUCAUCUCUCUCAUACCGCUCUCUCCCUCUAUCGCCCUCUCCAUCUUCCUCUCUCUCCCUCUCUAUCCCUCCUCUCUAGGAUCUCUCUCUCUCUCCCUCUAUCCAUCUCUCUCUUCCCUCUAUCCGUCUCUCUCUCCUCUCUCUAUCCCUCUCUCUCUCUAUUUAUCUCUCUCUCUCCUCCCUCUAUCCGUCUCUCUUCCCUCUAUCCCUCUCUCUCUCCUCCCUCUAUCCCUCUCUCUCUCCUCUCUCUAUCCCUCUCUCUCUCUAUUUAUCUCUCUCUCUCUUCCCUCUAUCCGCUCUAUCUCUCUCUCUUCUCUCUCUAUCCCUCUCUCUCUAUUUAUCUCUCUCUCCUCCCUCUAUCCUUCUCUCUCUCCCUUUCUCUCUGCCUCCCCCUCUCCCUCCCUCUCCCGUUUCCCUCCCUAAUCAUAGAUGACUCCACCGCUCUCUCUCUCCCCGUCCUUCCUUCCUCUCCUCUCGCUCUCCAUUGGUCGGUUCCAGCCUCUGUUGUUGGAGGACAACGGCCACAGCACAUAUUCUAGCCAAUCAGACAGCCAGUACGGCUUCCCGCCCCGGGGUUGGUCAGAAGAGCUGGAUGAGCAUGGACACACUCUGUAUGUCAAUGACUAUACUAAUGAGAAGGUACCGGGGUCUCUGUUUCUCUCUAUGUAUCUCUCUCACUCUAUUGAUAGCUUGCUCUCUCUAUUGAUCUCUCUCUCUCUCUCUCUAUUGAUCUCUCUCUCUCUCUCUCUCUAUUGAUCUGUCUCUCUCUCUCUAUUGAUCUGUCUCUCUCUCUCUCUCUAUUGAUCUCUCUCUUUGACCAAACCAACAGACAGAGAUAAAAUGUGUGAUCAAUGUGUGGGGUUGUCAGGCAAUUGGUCUCUCUCUGCUGAUUUACAGACAAGUCUGUACUGUCACGUAUAGUGUUUAUAUUUCACUUAGACUGGACCACUGCACCACACUACUAUCACAUAUUUAGCAUGGCUCAUAGACCGCUCACCAGAGAGAGAGUUCUGGCUUCUUGAACAUCAUGUUAUAGUAAAUUGGUGUGUCUGUGAGUGGUUCCUCAUCUCAUCUCGUGUGUGUGUGUGUGUGUGUGUGUGUGUGUGUGUGUGUGUCCAGUGGAUAAAGCAUGUUGAUGAACAGGGCAGACCCUACUACUACAGUGCUGAUGGCUCCAGGUCAGAGUGGGAGCUGCCCAAGGUAAGGCCAUGUACACUACCUCACUGUUUUAAUUUAAUGGUUUGGAUUGAUUGCUUGUCCCCAAAAUGAUUUAGGCUUAUUAGUUUCAUAUUAGUGAGUGUUAGUAUUGGUGUUUAUAAGUACCUCUACAAUGUUUUCCCCUCCUCUCUCCUCUCUGCAGUACAACCACUCCCCCCCUCCUCUGCCUGGUGGAGGAGACGGGACCCCUAAGAGCCGCAGUCUGGACAGGAAACAUGUAGACCCCAUCGUCCUGACCAAGUGGAGAAACAGCACCAACGUGCUGGACACCAACGACAAGGUGAGACAGACGCCCUGUCACGGCCCGCCCAGCCAUUCUGGGUGUGUCUCAAUAUAUAGUCCACUGCUUUUGAACAGGACCCAUAGGAGUGGUCUCUGGUAGUAGUGCAUUAUAUAGGGGAUAGGGUGCCAUUUGGGACGUAUACUCUGUUGGGAAGCAGACUGCAAAUAGUGACUGAGAUGCAGUAGCCUGUUGCUACUAUCAAUCUCAGACGUCCACAGCAGUUGGAAAAGGAUGUACUUCAUACAACCCUAAUUCCAUAGCAAUCAUUUAUAUUCCAGCCAGGUCUCUGAAGUAUCUUGUCCAGCGAGUGUGUUUUAGAAUGUGAGGUGUGGCAUCCUGUUCCCUGUAUGUGGAAAACAACAGGCGUCACAAUAGGGAAUAGGGUGCCAUUUGGGACACACUGUAGACUCAUGAUUCUGUUCUGCAGCGGCUCAUCAAAAACAACAGGCGUUUCCGUACGGGCUCUGGUCGCCCCCACCCCUACAGACAGACACAAGUCAGUGCCCUAUACACCCCACCCUCAAAUCCCAGCAGCCAAUCAUCUUGCAUGAUAAUCACAGAGCGCAAGAAUGAUCUCAUCCAAUCAGACCAAUCACGUUCCUUGUUGCUUGCCAUCACCUGAGUGCCACAGCGUCCUCCUUCCUUUUUAAUUCCUGCUCUUCUGAUUCACCUGACACUUCUACUGGCCCAAUGAUCACUCCUACUGGCCCAAUGAUCAAUCCUACUGGCCCAAUGAUCACUCCUACUGGCCCAAUGAUCACCUCUACUGGCCCAAUGAUCACUCCUACUGGCCCAAUGAUCACUUCUACUGGCCCAAUUAUCACUUCUACUGGCCCAAUUAUUACUUCUACUGGCCCAAUGAUCACUUCUACUGGCCCAAUGAUGCCUGUGACCGUAAACCUGUUUGGGAUCUAUAAUCUAUCAACCUCUCCUUUCUCUGUCAGUAGUAUGAUUUGAGCUACAUUAAUUGAAAUGGAUCAUAUCUUGUCAUUGAAUGCAUGGUUUAAUUGUUAUUUUGAAAGAAUACCUAAUUAACAUUCAACCAUUUCCUCAACUCUUGUGGUUCAUGUAAACACUGAUUCAGUGUUGGUUUACUCCUCUAACCAUAUACAUUCUCUGUGCUUGAUUGAAAUUGCCUGGCACAGUGGAAUCAAUAGAAUAAAUGCAAAAGCACAAACUCUGCCCAUCUGACACUCCAGGCAGGCUAAAGCAAACACUAAACAUAUUUGAAAGAUUUUAAAUAGUAUUUGAACCCAGGUCUGAGUCUCUGCAGUUCUCUGUAGUAAUUAGUCGGUGUUGUUGUCAUUCUGAUUACUAGGACGGUGCGUUGGGCCCCAAGGUCCCUGGCUCUCCAGACUCGGAUUCCUCAGACCCCUCGUCCCACAAGCCCCCUACCUCUGUUAGUAUCCCCCUCUCCUUCUCCUUCUCCUCCUCCUCUCCCUCUGUUCUCUGUAUACUCCUCUCCCCCCUGCCCUGAACUGUGGCUGGCUUCCUGACAUCCGUACUUGUCGACCAAGGCCUCUAGGCCUUUUCUCAAUUGCAGUCUUCAAUGGUGACUCUGUGUUUCUUCUCCCUGCACUGGAACUGAUCAUGAUGAUAGUGGUGAUGAUAAUCCUGGUGAUGGUCAUGAUAAUGAUGACGAUGAUGAUCCUGGUGAUGACGAUGAUGAUGAUGCUGAUGGUGGUGAUGAUGAUGAUGAUGCUGAUGAUGGUGAUGAUGAUGAUGACGGCGAUGAUGAUGAUAAUCCUGAUGAUGAUUCUGAUGAUAAUGAUGAUCCCAGUGAUGACGAUGAUAAUCCUGAUGAUGAUGAUGAUGAUCCCGGUGAUGUUGAUGAAAGUAACACGGACUGAGCUGUGGGAAAAUCUAUUUUUCAAUUCAAACUAUAGGGAAAGGGUGUUGUCAUACUAAAGCUUAUAUUUCUGAUGGUCUACUGUAACUACUUUUACAGUCUACUGUAACUACUUUCUGACGGUCUACUGUAUCUCUACUUUCUGACGGUCUACUGUAACUACUUUCUGAUGGUCUACUGUAACUACUUUCUGACGGUCUACUGUAUCUCUACUCUUUCUGUCUGUUUGUUUGGUCUGCGUGUUGUAUAUCUGUGUCCCAAAUGGCACCCUAUUCCCUAUAUAGUGCACUACUCAAAAGUUGUGCACUGUAUAAGAAAUAGUGUCAUUUGGGACGCAGACUAUGUCUUGCUUUUUUCCCUGUCAGUUGUGUCUGGCCCUGUCUUCAUGUGACAAUUACUUCUCUCUUUGUUUCUCUGCAGCCUUCGGAGAAGUGUGGUAUUCUCAACGUGACCAAGAUCACUGAGCAUGGAAAGAAAGUACGGUGAGUAGUACUUGACUAGGAUAGGAACAAGAUGGGAACACCUGCAGAAUGUAGGGUGAGUAGUACUGGACUAGGAUAGGAACAGGAUGAGAACACCUGCAGAAUGUAGCGUGAGUAGUACUGGACUAGGAUAGGAACAGGAUGAGAACACCUGCAGAAAGUAGGGUGAGUAGUACUGGACUAGGAUAGGAACAGGAUGAGAACACCUGCAGAAUGUAGCGUGAGUAGUACUGGACUAGGAUAGGAACAGGAUGAGAACACCUGUAGAAAGUAGGGUGAGUAGUAUUGGACUAGGAUAGGAACAGGAUGAGAACACCUGCAGAAAGUAGGGUGAGUAGUACUGGACUAGGAUAGGAACAGGAUGAGAACACCUGCAGAAAGUAGGGUGAGUAGUACUUGACUAGGAUAGGAACAGGAUGAACACCUGUAGAAAGUAGGGUGAGUAGUACUGGACUAGGAUAGGAACAGGAUGAACACCUGUAGAAAGUAGGGUGAGUAGUACUUGACUAGGAUAGGAACAGGAUGAACACCUGUAGAAAGUAGGGUGAGUAGUACUUGACUAGGAUAGGAACAGGAUGAACACCUGUAGAAAGUAGGGUGAGUAGUACUGGACUAGGAUAGGAACAGGAUGAGAACACCUGUAGAAAGUAGGGUGAGUAGUACUUGACUAGGAUAGGAAACAGGAUGAACACCUGUAGAAAGUAGGGUGAGUAGUAUUGGACUAGGAUAGGAACAGGAUGAGAACACCUGCAGAAAGUAGGGUGAGUAGUACUGGACUAGGAUAGGAACAGGAUGAGAACACCUGCAGAAAGUAGGGUGAGUAGUACUUGACUAGGAUAGGAACAGGAUGAACACCUGUAGAAAGUAGGGUGAGUAGUACUGGACUAGGAUAGGAACAGGAUGAACACCUGUAGAAAGUAGGGUGAGUAGUACUUGACUAGGAUAGGAACAGGAUGAACACCUGUAGAAAGUAGGGUGAGUAGUACUUGACUAGGAUAGGAACAGGAUGAACACCUGUAGAAAGUAGGGUGAGUAGUACUGGACUAGGAUAGGAACAGGAUGAGAACACCUGUAGAAAGUAGGGUGAGUAGUACUUGACUAGGAUAGGAACAGGAUGAACACCUGUAGAAAGUAGGGUGAGUAGUACUGGACUAGGAUAGGAACAGGAUGAGAACACCUGUAGAAAGUAGGGUGAGUAGUACUGGACUAGGAUAGGAACAGGAUGAGAACACCUGCAGAAAGUAGGGUGAGUAGUACUGGACUAGGAUAGGAACAGGAUGAGAACACCUGCAGAAAGUAGGGUGAGUAGUACUGGACUAGGAUAGGAACAGGAUGAGAACACCUGUAGAGAAACUGCUCCUUCAGGGCAACACAACCAGACAGUUAAAAUUGAACCCCCCCCCCCCCCCCAUAUUGCUUCCACCUUACAGAUCUGCAAACAUUGAAGAGUUACGGCCUAGGGAAUGGGUAGGGAGUGAUAUCGGACCAGCUGUAUAUGAAGUGUUAGUUGAUACAACAUGAUGUAAGAUGACUUAUGGAGCUAUGUCUGUAUGUUAUGUUUUUGUGUGUGUGUGUGUGUUUUACGGAAGAUGGAACGUCAGCCUGGACGGUUCUCCCAGGCUCCCGCUGCUUUCACUAACCAGGGGGGACAGCUGGUGAGGGCUGAUGGGUCGUCGAGUAGUUCGCUAAAGGUCAGGGGUGCGGGACCAGCUGGUGAGUGUGUGUAUCGCUAAAGUCAGGGGUGCGGGACCAGCUGGGUUAUGGUGUUGUAUUGUAAAAGGGUGGGGUGGGACCAGCUGGUGAUUUGUGUUGUUAUCUUGUAGUGCUGUGGGUUUGGAGUCGUCUAGGUUCAGGCUCCUGUGCACUUGCUCGGUCAGACACUGAUGGUGCAUUCGCUCCACCCCUCCCCCCCUGUUGUUCCUGUCUAUUCCCAAUCGUCCGGCCUGUCCAGGGUCUAUCUCCUAAGUCAGUCCUCUGCCCACUUCCUAAAACCCUCAUGCCUCCUCUCUGCCAUCUUUCUGUCUGCUCCUCUCCCCAAGCCCUGCUCCCACCAGCUUCCAUCCACUACUGUCACCUCCCUCACUCAGCCAUCAUAGUCUACCGAACUUCAGGCCUCUCCCCAUCUCCUAUUCAUCCCUCCACCCACCCCCCAUUCCCUCUCCAACCCAGUCACGACCCCCUGCUGCCAUGCUUCCCCAUCUCUCCCCCUCCAUCCCCCGUCCCAUGCUCUCUCCCCCAUUUUUCAUCCCCUCUCCCCAUCUCUCCUCUCUCCCAUCCCCCAUCCCCCAAUCCCCUCUCCCCCUCCACCCACCCAUUUCUUCCCACCCCCUCACUCCAUCUCCCCACCCCCCUCUCCCCAACUCUCCCUUCCCCCUCCCUCCCCCCUCCCCCAUCCUCAUCACCCAAACCCCCCCAUCCCUCCUCUCCCCCCCAUCCCCCCAACACCUCCUCUCCCCUCCUCCUCUCCCCCAUCCCUCCUCCCCAUCCUCCCUACCCAUCCCUCCUCUCCCCCACCUCCCUCCCAUCCCCCUCCUCUCCCCCCUACCCAUCCCACCUCUACUCCCUCCUCUCCCAUCCCUCCUCCCCCAUCUCUCCCAAACAAAACACAAACCCCCCUCCCCCCUCCCCCCCAUCCCCCUCCCCAUCCUCCUCUCCCCCAUCCCUCUCUCCACUCCCUCUCCCCCAUCCUCCCGCCCCCAUCCCUCCCCCACUCCCCCCCUCCCUCCAUCCCCUCCUCUCCCCCAUCUCCCUCUCCCCAUCCUCCUCUCUCUCCACCCUCCUCUACCCCCAUCCUCCUCUCUCUCCUCCCUCCUCCCCCAUCUCUCCCAUCACUCCCCUCCCCCUCUCCCCCAUCUCCCUCCUCCCCUUCCCCAUCCCUCCUCUCCCCAUCCUCCUCCUCCCAUCCCCCCCCCAUCCUCCUCUCCUCCCUCCUCCUCUCCUCCACCCCCUCCCUCCCACCCUCCUCCCCACUCUCUCCUCUCCUCCAUUCCCUCUCUCCACUCCUCUCUCCUCUCCUCCAUCCCUCUCCUCUCCCCAUCCCUCCUCUCCCCCUUCUCCUUUACCCCUCCCUCCUCUCCCACCCUCCUCCCAUAUGUUGUGGCUCUCUUUCCGUAGGUUGCACCUGAAAAAAGGGUAGGUCUACCUCUGUGUUGCCCUUGAAAAGGGGUCACCGAUUUGGCAUCCUGAAGAGGAGUGGUAGUCACUACUGUGUUGGUCAUCCUUGAAGAGGAGGGUAUCUCUGAUGCUUAAGGGUUGGCAUCCUGAGAGGACGUGUGUCCAUGGGUAGGGUUGCUCCUGAUGAGGGGUAUUCCAGACGGCGUGUUGGUCCUUACAGGUGGGACUCUGACGGACUGUGGUUGCUCCUUAAAGGAGAGGUGGUCCUGAGAUGAGUGUGAUUGUUGGUGCAUCCUUGAAGAGGGAGGGGGUAUUCAGAGGACUGUGUUGGUUCAUCCUGAAGGGGGGGGGUUGAAGGACUGUAGGUUGGCAUCCUUGAAGGGGGGGGUAGUUACAGACUGGUAGGUUGGCAUCCUUGAGAGGGAGGGGUAGGUCUGACUACUGAGGUUGGCAUCCUUGAAGAGGGAGGGGGUAGUUCAGACAGGACUGUAGGUUGGCAUCCUUGAAGAGGGAGGGGGUAGUUCAGACAGGACUGUAGGUUGGCAUCCUUGAAGAGGGAGGGGGUAGUUCAGACAGGACUGUAGGUUGGCAUCCUUGAAGAGGGAGGGGGUAGGUCUGACUACUGUAGGUUGGCAUCCUUGAAGAGGGAGGGGGUAGUUCAGACAGGACUGUAGGUUGGCAUCCUUGAAGAGGGAGGGGGUAGGUCAGACUACUGUAGGUUGGCAUCCUUGAAGAGGAAGGGGGUAGGUCUGACCCUACUGUAGGUUGGCAUCCUUGAAGAGGGAGGGGGUAGGUCUGACUACUGUAGGUUGGCAUCCUUGAAGAGGGAAGGGGGUCAGACAGUCAAGUCAAUGGGUUCGAUGUAGGAAGUGGGUUUCUUAGGCUUGUGUCCCAUAUGGCACCCUAUUUCCUGUAUAGUGCACUACUAUACUACCCCAUAAGGCUCUGGUCAAAAGUAGUGCACUAUAUAGGGAAUAGGUUUCCAUUUGGGACAGUCAUAGACCAAACUCAGUGAUGUACCUGUAGUCUAGCGGAUGAUUCUCUAAGACACAACAGUAUCCUGAUAUCUCAGCAACAACCCUCUGGGUUGACAGUGGGUUUGACAAGCUCCACUCUCUCUGUCUCUCUCUCUGUCUCUCUCUCUGUCUCUCUCUGUCUGUCUGGUGUGUUUCUACUCUCUCCUUGUAGUUUGGAGGAAGCCAGUCUAAACCAGAGUUCACUGUGGACCUGAGAGGAGGAUCUAUAGAAUGGGCUUCCAAGGACAAGUCAAGCAAGAAACAUGUCAUUGAGGUGAGAGGGCUCUGACACUACAAAACGUUAAUAUGUCCCCAAUUAUAAACUGGGUGGUUCGAGCCCUGAAUGCUGAUUGGCUGACAGCCAUGCUAUAUCAGACCGUAUACCACGGGGAUCUUUUUACUGUUCUAAUUACGUUGGUGGCCAGUUUAUAAUAGCAAUAAGGCACCUCGGGGGUUUGUGGUGUAUGGGCAAUAUACCACGGCUAAGGGCUGUAUCCAGGCACUCCGCGUUGCGUCGUGGCUAAGAACAGCCCUAAGCCGUGGUAUAUUGGACAUAUACCACACCCCCUCGGGCCUUGUUGCUUAAUUCUAUCAGGGCCGUAGCACUAUGACUGUAGAACAUGUGCAAAUCAAAUGUAUUUAUAAAGCCCUUUUUACAUCAGAAAGUGUUAUACAGAAACCCAGCUUAAAACCCGCAAACAGCAAGCAAUGCAGAUGUAGAGGCACGGUGGCUAGGAAAAACUCCCUAGAAAGGCAGGAACCUAGGAAGAAACCUAGAGAGGAACCAGGCUCGGAGGUGUGGCCAGUCCUCUUCUGGCUGUGCCGGGUGGACAUUAUAUGAGUACAUGGCCAUUAAGGCCAGAUUGUUCUUCGAGAUGUUCAAACGUUCAUAGAUGAUAAUAAUAAUCACAGUGGUUGUAGAGGUUGCAGCAGGUCAGUACAUCAGGAGUAAAUGUCAGUUGAAAACAGCAGGUCGGUGACAAGGUAGCACAUCCGGUGAACAGGUCAGGGUUCCACAGCCGCAGGCAGAAGAGUUGAAACUGGAGCAGCAGCACGACCAGGUGGCACGCUAAAGGCAGGGAAGAUUAUUUCAUGUUGGAAAGUAAUGUCUCUGCACAAUAUUAUGAUUAUUCAUAUGAUUAUGGGAUGUGAUUAUGGUAUGUGAUUAUGGUAUGGGUAUACAUUUUAAAUUAUUUUGUUUGUGUACAAGGAACAAUAUUUUUGUUGCUGUUGUGUUUAGUAACAUCUUGUAAGCCCAUGUGGGCUCGACACCGGUAGGUGUAUGACACUUAAAUAAAAAAUAUAAAUCAAUCAAUUCUACAAGCCACUAACAUGUACUCUUUAACCUGGUAGUAAAGUCAACUUCUUGGUCUCCUUGCAGCUGAAAACCCAUCAGAGUACAGAGUUGCUGAUCCAGUCAGAGAACGACGUCGUCAUCAACGAAUGGUACAGGGCACUGAUGGACACCAUCAGCACACACGUGAGUCUGCGCGCGUGCACACACACGGUUGUGUGAUUUCCACCGCAGUUCCACAUCUAUCCACUAAGUGGCAGAGUUGUCAUGUUUAGUCAUUGGGCCAGUCCAAAGGUAGCCUACCUGUUUUUUGUGUGUUCCUGACUGUCCACUUCCUGUUUCCGUGUGUGUGUUGUGUUACCUACCAUAGGCCUGGGAGUCAGAUGAGGCUAUAGAGGAGGACAUGCCAGAGUCUCCUGGACUGGAGAAACAAGACAAGGAGAGAGAGCACAGAGACUCUAAGAAGAGCCGAGGUCAGAGGACCAUGUCUGUCUGUUUCAGAUCACUCCUCUUUGUCUACUAAGGAUGUUUCUGUUGAUCAUAAUAGGUCAGCAGUCCAGGACUAAAAAGAUGACUCAAUGGAGAACCUCCAAUAAAAAUAUAUUUUUAGUCGAGGACUAGGCUUGAUUUGUGUCCGGGAAACUGUCCCUAUGUGUGUCAGGGUGUUAAGUCAUCUCCCGUUGUCAUUGGUCUUUAGCCAUGAAGAGUUCCACCAGUAUGGACGCGUCGGACAACAAGAAGACCAGAAUCAAGCUGAAGAAGUUCCUGACACGCAGACCCACUCUGCAGACAGUCAGAGACAAGGGCUAUAUCAAAGGUAUUACAAAGAGCGUUAGGGUUGUAGAAUUGUGAUAACUUUCCCAGGUUUUCCAGAAAUCCAGGUUAGGAAGAGUCCCGGAAUCAGAAGGAAAUUAUAAUCUAGAAGCUUCCAACCAGGAUUUCUGGAAAACCUGGACAUUUUGGGACAGUUACCAGAAAGUUACCAGAAAAGGGAAUUUUAUUAUUUUCCAGUAGGGGAGUACUUUGGACCUCUAUAAUAAUAACCAUGUUGAUGUCUGUGCGUCUCAGACCAGGUGUUUGGCUGCAGUCUGAGUGACCUCUGUCAGAGAGAGAACGCAUCUGUGCCAAGCUUCGUCACCAUGUGCAUCGACCACGUGGAAAACAACGGUAGGUGUGCUCCUCCUAUCUGACUGUGUCUGACUCGGUUGUCUCUCAUCGUGACAGUGGUGUGGUGAGUUGAAUGUGAUGUGCCUGGUGUAGCUGUCUGAGCUGCUGACUCCGGACCACACAUCCCCCUGGCAACAGGGAUUUGAGCCCCGGCUCGGCCGUUUGGUCGCUGCCCUUAAAUCCUUUCUGUGUCCCUCUGUAUCUAUCACCCUUACACAUGUCCUUUUGAAAAACAGUAACUAAAUAUGUAAGGCUAUCAGAACGUCGAUCACCUUUUAUUAAAUACAACUUUGAAUGGUUGUGUGAUGGAGCUCUCCUCUGUGUUCCUCUGUCUGCAGCUCUGAACGUGGACGGGCUGUACAGAGUGAGUGGGAACCUGGCGAUCAUCCAGAAACUACGCUUCGCUGUCAAUCAUGGUAGUUACUACUGCUACUGUUCCCUCUCUCUAUCUGUAUACUGGCAGCCUGGGUAUCCAUGGACCUGUAGUAUACUGAAUAACCCUGUGUGUGUGUGUGUGUGCGCGUGUGUGUGUGUGUGUGUGUGUGUAGAUGAGAAGGUGGACCUGGAGGAAGGGAAGUGGGAGGAUAUCCAUGUGACUACAGGAGCGUUGAAGAUGUUCUUCAGAGAGCUGCCUGAACCCCUCUUCACAUAUGGACUAUUCCAUGACUUUGUCAACGCCAUCAGUGAGUACAUAAUAUUCCCAUUGUUGUUAUUAUUAUGAGCACAAUAACAACUAUACAUCCACAAUGCAUCCUGGCUACUCCAUUCUAAUAGUUUAAAUCUUUACUUCAUGUUUUAUUAGUAUCCAUCUUCAUUUCUGUUACUGAAUUGUGGUAAAUGUUAUAUUUAUCCAUUGGAUGGCGCUACAUCACAUUAAAGAUGAGUAAAUAGGUAUCACCCUGUGUGUUGUCUGAAUGUGAAGCCUGUUGUUGUUCUUCUUGCUAAACAGGAAGGGACAAGCUGAAGUUGUCCAAUGAGAUAAGCUUGUAAGCUUGUUUUGGUUAUCGGUUGCAAAACGUUUUCUUACGGUGUGCAGUAAUGAAUAGUCCCCCUGUUGAUGUUCCUGUCUGCUCAACAGAGAUCCCAGACUACAAGCAGCGUGUCCAGUCCGUCAAGGAGCGGGUCAAACAGUUGCCAAAACCCAAUCAGGACACUAUGCAGGUCCUCUUCAAACACCUCAGGAGGUUAGUCAAACCUGCACAGUUAACUAAAUUACAAUAUGAUCUGAUUGUCUUCGCCUCAUUCAUAUUGAGAGUUGCAAGAUUCCAGUAACUUUCCCCAAAUUCUCAGAUUUUCCAGAUAUAUUUAUGUACAGUCCAAUGCUAUAACUCUAACCCUCCCCCCUGUCUCAUACUGUUACUUUGCUUGUACUUGUAUCUCCUCUUGCCAGGCCGUCAAUGUAAAUAUGAAGUUGUUCUUAAUUGACCUGCCUGGUUAAAUAAAUCAAUACAAACUUGUUCUCUCUCUGUCCGCAGGGUGAUUUGAGUUGUAGCUAUAUGAUGUUGCAUAUAUAAUGAUGUAGCCGUUAACUAUAGUGCUCCUCUCUCUGUCCGCAGGGUGAUUGACCACGGUGAGGAGAACCGUAUGACGACCCAGAGCGUGGCCAUAGUGUUCGGCCCCACCCUCCUCAGACCCGAGACAGAGACGUGGAACAUGGCGGUCCACAUGGUCUAUCAGAACCAGAUAGUAGAGCUCAUCCUGCUGGAGUACGAGGGCAUCUUUAGGUAGACGCCAGAGGGGUGACCUUUCCCCUGGGUACAGGUCUAGGAUCAGUUCCCCCCCCCCCAAUCCUAACCUUAACCAUUAGUGGAGGAAAUGCUAAACUGACCCCAGAUCAGCGUCUAGGGGCAUCUUCACCCUACACCGGUAGAGACGCGAGGUGAUGUUCACUAGGAACGACACGGAAGCAAACGGCCGAAACGGAGAGGGACUACGUGAACACUUGUUUUUGUUUUCCGUUGUAAAACGCUUCGUAACGUUGUGCUGUAAUGAAUUCCAACCCAGGCCUCCUCUCUGAACACCCAUCACCACCAUGAUUAUGCAGAGCUCUCAACCCAACCCAGGCGAGACCGGUCCAACUCACCUCCCUCUAACCUGUAGUCAUUCACGCCUCAGAAUCCAUCUCCCGCGAACCAAACCUGUAAGACAAGGACUUAUUAAACACAACCAAUAAAACUCAAGUUGAGACUCUUUGCACUUAGCAGCAAAUUUGGAUGAUGCUUCCCCCCUUCCUGCUCCUCUCUCCAUGACUGGUUUUGUGGGACUUUCUGCAAAAGGCAAAAUCCAAUCCUGACUGUCCAUACACUGGAUUACUAUGGUCGAUACCUGAGCUAGACUCUCGCCUGGAUAGACUGGCUGAAUGGAGGGUAGACUGGCUGAAUGGAGGAUGGACUGGCUGAAUGGAGGAUGGACUGGCUGAAUGGAUGGAGGGUGGACUGGCUGAAUGGAGGGUAGACUGGCUGAAUGGAGGGUAGACUGGCUGAAUGGAGGAUGGACUGGCUGAAUGGAUGGAGGGUGGACUGGCUGAAUGGAGGGUAGACUGGCUGAAUGGAGGGUAGACUGGCUGAAUGGAGGGUAGACUGGCUCAAUGACUGAAUAUCCAGAGCGACUUACAGGAGCAAUUAGGUUUAAGUGCCUUGCUCAAGGGUACAUCAACAGAUUGUUCACCUAGUUGGCUCGGGGAUUCGAACCAGCAACCUUUCAGUUACUGGCCCAACGCUCUUAACCACUAGGCUACCUGCCUGCUGUAGCCCUUCCACAGGCACGUACACACACACACACUCACACACACGCUUUGUCUCCCUCUGCUGUUUCCACUGUACAGAGCUGGGAGAAUGGGCUUGCAUCCCAAAUGGCACCCUAUUCACUAUACUCCCUAUGGGCCCUGGUCAAAAGUAGUGCCCUAUGUAGGGAAUAGGGUGCCAUAGAGAUGCAGUGUGUAUGUACUGGUAUGUCAUGUAUUGAGCUACUGUAUGUGGGAGCCUCGUGCCUCCUGUUACAGCUCCCCUGUGUGUGUGAAUGAUCCCUCUCUAAAGUACAGACCCUCUCUCUCCUCUGUGAAGCAGUCCGUUCUACACACUGGCUGUGUCUAACGUGGCACCCUAUUCACUAUAAAGUGCACUGCUUCUGGCCAAAGGUAGUGCACUAUAUAGGGAAUAGGGUGCCAUUUGGGAUGCAGACACAGACUCAUGGUUUUACUUCAGCCAUCAUACCAAAACUAUUCUGCUUCUCUGGUUUUAAGAAGAUUUCAGCUUGAAAAUACAGAAAUGGUACUGUGACUGGUGGAGAAUAAGGCAACCAUUAAUAAAUGAACGUUCUAUUGAAAAAUAUGUACAGCUGUAGUGUGUUUGUCUCAAAUGGUACCCUAUUCCCUGCUCUGGUCAAAAGCAGUGCACUAUAAAGGGAAUGAACGGGGUAACAUUUGGGACGCAUCCUGUGUGUGUGUGUACAGAUGUUUGAUAGUAGUGAAAUGAUGUUUGACUUGACGGUGAGCGUUAGAAACUUGGGGAAACAAUCACUAACGUAUUAAAGAUUCAUUCCAUCAUGUCGACUGUGUAAAAAAAUAUAUAAUUUAGGAUUGCAAAAUUCCGGUUUACUUUCUCAGAAUGUCCAGAUUUUCCCCAAAUCACUGUCGGGAGGAUUCCCUGGAUAUUCUGCAUAUUCACUCCUGAUUCAGGGAACAUUCCAACCAGGAUUGUUGGGAAAGUUACUGUAAUUUUGCAACCCUAGAACUUCUUACUAUAUGACCUGGGGUUUUGGAAGUGUACCUGUGUUGUGUGUAAAUGACACAGUUUGGAAAAGAAUGACAUUCAAAAUAACUGCUGUUCAUGACUUCUUUGUCUAAUUGGAAUAAAGGCCUCCAUUGAGACCCUGUAAAACCUGAGCCACUUUUUCCUCAUCUUUCGUCUAACACACACACACACACACACACACACACACACACACACAAUGUCUUUCAAGUGGGGUUUGUUGAUACUGGAGCAAAUUUCUACCUGACCUUUUUGUGACAGAAAAUAUAUGAUUAAAUUCUUCAUAUGCUUCCAUAACUAAUGAUUAGAAUACAUUUUCUUGAAAUAAUAACACAUUCAACCUAAAGGAAAAUGUAGAUCAUACGCGCAUAAUUUUUGGUGCUCCGGGAUCGAACAACACAUUUAUCUAAGAAAAUGUCAUUAUUUCCUUUGAUGAAGACUAGUGGAACUGUGUUUGUAUAAAUUAAGAAAAAUGCUGAUUUUCUCUCAUCAUUCAUUUAAUCUUCUCCUCUCUCUGGCAGAUUAGUGCCUUGUUUUUUAAGUACUUCAAUGCAAGAUACUUAUGUCUACACUUCUCUCACACUCACUUCUUUGCUUGGUACUGUCAUCCUUCUACAAUCUGUCUCAAACAUGCCACCAAACAUACAGACAAAGGUCAGUAGGGCUUGUUAAACAAACAUAACAUUGCUAAUCGAAGCAGACAAAUGUCUUUACGUUGUUGGAAAUAUUAUAUAAUCAUUAUUGCACUUCUACCUUGAAGGGACAUUUUGUUUAUUAUGGAAAAGAAUUGAUAAAUUAAUCAUCUUCUCAACAGAGUUUAGAAUACAUUAUAUUAUGGUUGAUAGGAUUAAGUUAAUCUGAAUAUUUUCAACGUGAUUUAGACUAAGAUACAUUAUAUUAUUGGUGUAUGUAGGUAUGUCUGACGUUAGUGAAGAAUAAAGACUAAUCUCUAUCCCACAGACAGGAAGGGGCUUUCUCAGCCUCACUAGCAGGCACCUGGUCAACAGGAAACCUGGACCCUUCAACAUGGAACACCAUGGUCUACAGAAAUAA